ACUAUGUGGAGCAGUGAUGCUUUCAAGAGAUAUUGAUAGGACAGGAAAAGGGGAGAUAAAAGAUUUGCAAACUUGGUAUAUUGGAACACUGGUGACAGACAGAAAGUUCAACACUAAAUUAAAAAUAAAUUGCAAAAGACAUCCCAACUGUUCUGAAAAGACAUGAUUCAUUUAUUAUUAGAGGCUUGUAGAACUAGAGGCUCACUUUUCUGGGCUUGUCCUGCCCGCUUUUCUUGGUCUGUGGUUCCUCGUUCCACAGCAAAACUAUGAUCCCACAAGUAAGAAGGGGCAGUCUGGGUGCUAGAAGGUGGGCUGCAACUCUCCCUUUUCUUUAUUACUUACAACUGGUUUUCCCACAAUGGAACUCACCCCUCUGGCCAAUGUUGGGGUGGUCCCUAGCCCCUUCUACCCAACUUGUCUUCCAGGGUGCCUGCCUACAAAGGAAUAUGCCUCACUAAUUCCUUGCAAUGCAAAAUUACAUCAGGUGAUUGCCAGGUGGCUAUGCUCACCUACCUAUCAAAGUUUGCCCCUAGGUGUCGGGGCGGGGCGGGGAUAUAUUUACCAAGCAGGGAAAGCAGCACAUCUCUGCCAGCCCCAUAUUUGAUGUUGGGCCAUAGGCUCCUCACCUCUGAUAUAAAAGGAUUUCAGGAGUGUGAAAGCCCUCAGGCUCAGACCAUGGAGAGUCACAGCAGACAACACAGGGCCCACUGACGACGACAUCAUCAUCAUCAUCAUCAUCAUCUUAUUUAUACCCAGCCACUCUGGGUGGCUUACAGCAUAUCUAAAAACAUAAUAAAAACAUCAAGCCUUAAAAACUUCCCUAUACAGGGCUGCCUUCAGAUGUCUUCUAAAGGUUGUAUGGUUACUUAUUUCCUUGAAAUCUGAUGGGGAGGGUGUUCCACAGGAAAGGAGCCACUACCAAGAAGGCCCUCUGCCUAAUUCCCUGUAACUUCACUUCUCGCAGGGAGGGAACCGCCAGAAGACGCUUGGAGCUGGACUUCAGUUGUCUGGGCUGAAUGAUGGGAGUGGAGACGCUCCUUCAGGUAUCUUUCUUCUUUGGCGAUCACUCGUAGCCAAGUAAGAUUGUCUUCCAUAAACAUGGUAUAAUGUGCGUUGGUCAGCGUGCACUGAUCUACACACAUAAAACCAAUUCAUGUAUAGGCAUCUUCCGUCUUGUCAAUUCAAUAAUACUGGGCUGAGGACAUGUGCCAGCCUUGAGAAAUAAAGGCUGCACCGGCAACAUUUCUUGCAUUUCCAGAAAGCUGCACAACAGGCAGGCAUUCAACAGGUGCAGACUUUCCUAUUGCUUAGUUGUUAACCUUUUGGCAUUUUGUACCCCCCUGUUCAGCGCAUUCCCAGGGCAACUGACUGAGCAAGUCCAGAAUAAAAUGACCUAGUCAAACAUAGCCGUUCUUCUCUUCUCUUCUUUCUCCCCUGCUUUUAAAAGCCCUGGGCAGACAGCAGCAACUCAAGACGACAGGGUGGUGCCUUUCCUAGAAGAGGCGGCCAUUUCAACAGGUAUAGCAUGUCCCGCAAAGUAACACCUGCUGGAAAUUCAUCUCCGACCUCCUUCUUCAGGGGAGGAAAGUGAGAAAGGUAGAGAUCGAUGUCGUGAAGGCCGCCAGGGAAAAGAGGCGCGGUGGUGGUGGUGGUAGGAAGCAGAGAGCGGACCAUUAUUUCAAAAACGCUGCCACCACAGAGAAACAAACGCCCGACUCCGCCUGAGGGUGUGUUUGGCCGUAUUUCACCUUUUACAGCCUAGCGCCCUAGGCAUGUUUUACUCGGCAGUAAACCCGCACUGCGCACGUUGGGCGGCGGCGGCGGAGGGUCGGGACGACCACAGACCCGACCUUUUGACAGGCGCUACAUUCUAUAGGCCAUUUCUCCUCAGGAGCCAUGAGUUCCACGCAGCUUACUUGGCGGCGGCGGCAGCGGGAAAGAGGAAGAAGAUACGACUCAAUAAAGUCCUGACGACAUGGAAUUAAGAUUUAAUUCUCCAAAGAGCCCGGCUGUGGUGGGGAACCAUAAGGAGAUGGGGGGGGGGGGGAGAGACACCACCGUCAUCCCCGCCGCCGCCACCCCUACAUAAGCUCCUGACAGACAUUAGCCUCCUUUUCGGGUUAUUCCUCCCUCUCGCGACUCGCCGCCCGCCCGCCUUUUUUCUUUUUUUUGUGUGUUCGUUUAGUCUGGCCGUUGCUUCAGGCCACUCACGCACGCACGCGCCGCAACCCCGCGCGCCAUUCCCUCGCCGCCCCCACGGUUGGCUGGUGCGCGCGCGCGUCGAGGGCGGAGGCGCGUGAGGGAGCGACUGACUGACUGACUGGGCUGGCUGGCUGGCUGGCCGCGCCCCUCCCCUCAGUCGUUUCCAGCCGUUGCCGAGGCGGCUUCUUUUCCUUCCUCUCUCUCUCUCUUUCCCUCACGCCCUCUUCCUCCUCCCGCUCGCUUCUGCGUUACAAGCCUCGCCACGGGCGCAGUUUUCCAGGCAGCCGGGGCCAACUCCCACCGCCGCCGCCUUCCGCGGGGGUCUCUCUCCCCUCACCCCUAUUUUUUUUCCCCUGGUUCCCUCCCUUCCUCACACGCGCAGGCAUUUCUCUCCCCUCCCUCCACACACACACACACGCUUUCCUCCUCGCCUCGGCCGCCAUGAACCCCAGCUGUGCCCGCUGCGGCAAGAUCGUGUACCCGACCGAGAAGGUGAACUGCCUCGACAAGGUGGGUGCUGCUGCCGGGGUGAGGAGAGGGCGGCGGCGGCGGCGACGACCGUUGAGCGGGCGGGGCUGCGAAUCAGCGGAGGGGCUGAGGGCAAACUGAACUGGGGGUGCUGGUUCCCCCUAACACACACACACUUGCGUUUGUGGGGCGGGCUUGGGGGGGUUGAAAUCAGGCUCUUGGGGCGUGUCUCAAGCUGAGCUGGGGAAGGGGAGAGCAGGAGCAGUGGGGAAACAGGGAGGGUGGUGGGUGAGGCGGAAGAGGGGAAACGACCCCAGCAAAAAAGAGGGGGGGGAUCUAGGGGUGUGGUGGGUCGCGGGGAGCCUGUAGGUGUAUGUCGGGGAGUGUAGAGGUCUCUUGGGGAAGACGGUCGAGUGGGCAGUCCCCAAAGUGAGGAAUUGGUGGGAGGGGAGAGUCUAUGGUCUGGGGGGGGCGGGAGGAGGGUGUAAGGCACAAAAGGAAGGGGGGCGGUUUAUGAAUGGCGGAGGGGGGGUCAGAGGGGUUGGGAAUGGGAGACUAAGGGGCUGAAUAAAAAGGGAGAAGGGGGGGGAAGAGUUGCUAUUUGGCGGGUGGGGGGUUGGUGAUUGGAGUGUAGGCCAAAGGGCAUGGCAGAUAAGCAGAGAGCCUGGAGGAAAGGGGGGUGUGUGUAUACAGUAUAUGUAUGUAAUACACGCUCACUCACACGCACACACCCAACCCAGAAAGGUGACAAUAACAGGUUGUUCACUGAAAGGAACGAGUGCAGGGAUUUUCCCCUGUCUUAGGGAGCAGAUCCCCUUCUCUUCCGUCCUCCCCACCCAUCCCGAGAAUGAGUUUCUUGGCUGGUGAAUUGGAGGAGGCUUUCUGUGGAUGCCCAGAGGGUGCUAGUAAUGACAAGGAGGCAACUUUGAAAGGUGUUGAGGAGGAUAUAAAAGGUAUUAGAGAGUGUGGUGUAUUGCCUGCAAGGUGUGAUGAGGAGCAACCUGGGUUUAGCAGCUGCUGAAAUUCAAAUGUUUCAUGCCAUGGGGUGCACAGUAGUAAUGGUUUGCAGCUUUGCAGGGAGACAGUAUGGGGAAUGUUUAAAGAGGGCUGUGAUCUGUGGCAGCAGAUUCACCCCACCCCCCUCCGGGGUUGCUAGUAGUAGACAAAGCUUGAAAUAACUUGAGGAAUGCAGAGAUUUGGUCAGAAGUGGUGGUUAAGAUAUAGUUUGGGAGUGAUUAGGUUAAAGUUACCAGACGUCCCUGUUUCCCGGGGACAGUCCCCGGAUUUACAAAAUCAGUCCUCAUGCGAAAUCCAUUGAAGUUGAAAAGUGCCCCCGAUUCAUUGAAAAAAAUCUGGUAACCUUAGACUAGGUAUGUGUAUGAGAGAGUGUGUGUGUACACAAGAGAGCAAGUAAGUAGUCUCACUCCUAGUCUUGGUAGGUUUGACAGCUCCCAUUUCCUAAAACAGUGGAAUAAGACUGUGGAUAUUUAGAUACCAGUAGAUAGCUUGAAUCACAACAGUCUGCCUUUUGAGAAAGAAUCUGGCUUUAGGGGACACAUAUGGGAAAAGGCAAAGAGCAUGUGCUGUCAACACAGCAAAUCACCAAAGGAGAUGCAUUCUUAGAUCAUUCAUCUGGCACUCUCUUAGAUUGCUUUUCUUCCUAUCAGUAGUGACUGUUAGUACUCCCCAAGCCCUCUCCCUCAAAUACUACAGUCUUCCCCUUUAUCUGAAGGGUGUGAGCAUUGAGGUAACCUAAACAAAUCUGCAGUCUAGCUUUCCCCUAUCUUUUCCCUUGUUUCCCUUUUUCCUUAUUUGAUGGUGAAUUAGAUUGGGAAAUAAGCAAGCUAUAGCUUAUAGCAUUUCUACCAAGUCUUCUGUCCAAUAAGAGGUGGCUGUAUGGCAAUAUUGGAGAAAAGCACCUUCUCAAUUUCUCCAUUAAAAAAAUCUAUGGAACAACUGAAUGGGAUGUUGGAGGUAUUCCAGUUAUUCCAGUUUUGACUGCUAAGGUUAAAAGACAGGAAUUUCUGAGCUGUUCUCAGCUGCUUGAGUGAACCCCAUUUUAAGAAGCAGUGUAAGUGCCACAUCACCUCAACUUUUUUUCUGUAAUGUUCUUAAACUAGUUUCUGAUAAAGCCAGUAACAAAGAGAACUUCUAGUGCUUUUUAUUUUCCGCAGUUACAAACACAGCUGGGUGUCUCAACAGACAAAAUGAAAAGGGACUAACAAGCUAUCAUCUGCUUUACAUUUAGAUUCUGUUCCCUUGCCUCCUCCCUCCAGAUGGAUUGUUCAGCAGUGUUUCAGAGUUUAAAAACUUAGAAUUGGUUUUAUAGAUUUAUUUAAAGGGCAGGCUUACUCCUUUUCGCUGCUGCUGUUUGUGUUUAAGUUUUUUAAUCUUUUAUGCCAUAUUCCAAGACUGAAGAGAGACCAGAUUUAGUUUUGCGAAUGAUUGUCAAUACCAGAAUAAUUAGUAGUUCUUAAUAAGUGUAAUUAGUCUUAGUUACACUAAUUAUUUCUCCAACAAAAUUUUGUAAGACUUAGAAAAAUGUGUCCGAAAAAUGCAUAUAUCUCAAUCACAUCACUCCAAAUUCAAGAAAUUCAACUUCCUCCCCCCCCCAUUCCUUGUUCCCAGUCCAAAGUGAACUUAGCUGUGUAACUGCAUCCAUUUUCUCUUCAGAGUGGUAGGUAGGGGCAAAACUAGGCUUUAUUUCAGCCAGGUCAAAGACCCAGUUUGGCACACAUACAGGCUGGGAGCCUCAAUGGUGCCCCUCUGGAGCCUUCACCCUGGCAAAAAAAUGUGACUAGCCAGCCCACCUGCCCUGUAGCUACAGCUCUGUGGUAGGCAUAUCCCACCAUCACUUUGCAGUAGUCUGUCAGUAUACCUUUUAAUUCACUUUAAACUAGAUUCAUUUAAAUCCUAAUCUGGUUUGGAUAUUUAAAGCAAAAGGGGCAUGUGGAUGAAGGAAACUUGAAUUCUCACAAAAGUGCACCACUUACCUCCUUAUAGCCUCUGAACCCAGGUGCUUUUUGCCAAGCCAUGUUCUCUAGUAUCAGACCUUAAAGGGUGUGUGUGUCAGGAUAGUCAAUUACAUGCAGAAGAGGGUUUAUAUCACCUGCGUUCCUUUCUUCUCUGUUUAAAGAAAAAAUCACAUCCACUUCCUGCUUUAUCAAGGAAUGCUGCAGGCAUAGGUUGAAAGAAAUAAGCCUGCUGACUGUCCUGUAAAAAUGUGUGCUUUUUUAACUAGAUUAAUACAAAAUGCAGAUGGGGUGAUGCAAAAUAUUCCUACAGUCUUAAAGAUGGAUGUUUUGAGAAGAAGGGGUUGUUUUUAAAAGGGAGAGAAAGAAUCAGAAGUCCUGGGUUAUAGGCACUGUGCUAUGUGUGUCUUGUAUAUUUCCAAAUUGUGCAGCACAUGGUUUGUUUACAGGUUCAUCAGGAUUAUAUUGUACCCCCUCACCUCCAUACACAUUCUGGACUUUUAAAAAUUUCAUAUUCCUAGGUGCCUUAGUGAGGCAUUUGGAGUUUUCCAGCUCCACACAUUGUGCCUCUUUUGGAAAGAGCGGACAAUAUUUCCACAAGCUAUAGCUACUGAUUAGAUAUUUGUGUUCUGAGGUGGUAGAGGAGUGUCUUUUAAUCCAACUGUGUGUUGCUGAAGUUCCUGCUGAGUUUCCUGGUGUGAACAAUAGAAAGCAAAAAACCCCUUUUAUUGAAUGCAGUGAAGGGGUAUAAUUUGACAUGCAGAAUAGUCACUGGUCUAGUUUUCAUUCAGAGCAAGUUGUACUAGUGCUUGCUGAUAAUAAUAAUUGAGCCAGUGUUUCAGAGAAGAAUGUUUAUGGGGAAAUAAGAGGAGGAAAGAAACUGUCCCACCUUCACAAAAGAAGAGAUUUUAUCCCCCCACAUACAUCACUGUCCACUGUUCGGUAGUGUUUAUCUCAUAGUGGGGAUUUGCAUGGCUUUGACAAAAUGCUGAUAGAACUGGUGUGGAAUUGAGCCUGAACGCUAAGUUCAGAACUGCUGUUUUAGAUCUCUGUGCUUCAGCAAAUGCAGAAACUGGCACACUGGCUCCCUUGGUCAGCAUCAGAACUCAAGGCAUACAUCCGUGUGUUCUAAUUUCAAAGCAGUAGGUCAUAGGAGUUGCAUUGCAUAUAAAAUGAGUGCCAGGCUGCCGUUAAGGAGACCAUAGCUGUCAACUUUUCCUUUUUCUUGCGAGGAAUCCUAUUUGGAAUAAGGGAAUUUCUCUUAAAAAGGGGGGAAAGUUGCCAGCUAUGUAAGGAGACAGCAUUUCUGAAGAGUUAAGGUUAACUUCCAUAUAACCAUAUAUGGAUCCAAAUGGCAGGUGAUGGUGAAAUGUAGAUUUGUCUUAAGUUUACUGGUUUUCCUUAGUGUGCAGACCGCUAUCCUAUCAACUUUCCAGAUAUUGUCUCAAGUAGCUUCAACUUACAGUACUGGUAUUCCACACAAGUAUUCUGUGAUCUUGGUGACUUAAUUUUGGGUAUAAUUUCCAAGUUUCAAAAAGGUGAGGGUGAGAGGAACAUUUUAAUGCUGACUAGCUGUAUUUCUUCAAGCAUUUGCUUCCUCUGUGACUGGGGGUGGUGGUUGAAUUUUAAACUAUAUGCAGACAGAAGCUGUUGAGGAUUUAAAGCAUCUCUGUUAAGCUGAAGUAAUGUGUGAGCACCGCCCCACACUACACUAGUUUCAGUUUUCCAUUUCAUGUUUAAGGUAAAGUUUAAGCCACAUAGCUAUUACCCAGGGAUAAGCUUGUAUGUGAUUGCAAACGAUGCAUACAUACUUGACAGAAUGCUAAUGUUAAAGGUUGAGUAGCUUUUUGUCUUGGGGCAGUAUUGGAGUUGCAUGCUCCUUGGUUAUUAUGUGCUUAGAUGCAGUUUUUAGACAGCCUAAAGUCUGCAUACAUACUGAAGGUGGAAAUGUUGUGGUUUAGAAAAGUUAUUUAAGGCUCUCUGCAACCCUGCAUCCUUUUGGUAAUGAAAGACCUGUUAUUGCCCAAAGUCUGAAUUGUUGCAAUAGACUACAAAAAAAUGGGUACAGCUGAUUUUGUCAAAUCUUAAACUAUUUACUUAUACUAAAAAGUCUGCCAGUCUGGGGUACAAAACUUGGCAGACAUUCCAGGAAUGCAGUGACCCUUGCUCUCUAUUGCUAAUGCAGUUUUAAAUAUGUGUAAACAUAAACGAGUCUGAAAAUCUUAAGGUUUCAUAUAUGUGCAUUAGAAACUGCUAGAGGUUACAUAACAGGAAGAGUUUAAUAACAAGUUUUGCCUGUUAGCAACCAGAGGGGCCUGUUGAGCACAAUACAGAAAUUCGUUUCAGCAAGAGGAAUUGGCCAUCAGCCAUAGGUGAAGGUGCAAAUCUAUUGCCCUGGGCGAUCAAAGUGAGACAGGCUUGCUUUGCUCGAAUACUGAGUCAUCUCAUGCAAGGUUGUGGGCAUGUUUAAGUAUUGGGUGUGGUACUCUCUCAUUCACACCAUACCGUAUUUUCAAUAUAAUGCAGCCACCACUAAAUGUUGGUUUUACAAGACUAGCAAACCUCGUCUUGGUCAUUUAAUGAUCUUGGUCAUUAAAUAGAAUUCUGGCAUUUGCUUAUUAUAAUAUUUCUUUUAAAAGCUGAAAUUUUUGCACAUGAAGGAAGUACAGGUCAGCUGGUAGAACCUGUGGACAGAGCAACUUAACUAGGUACAAUCACAUCAUAAAAUAUAAACUUCACUUUGCAUGGUAUCUGAUAGUUUCUACAGAAGUUUGUUCAAGUCAAGUUUUUUUAGCUCUUACAGAUGAAAAGUAAAGCCAAAAAGAAGUCCCUGUGAGGUUUUUGAUAGUGUGUUGGCUUAGAAGCCCCUUCUUGUACAUACCUAUGGACAUAUCUCUAUUUUUCAUGCUUCUAGGAAGGGGGCAUAGAGAGGCAUUAUUGCUCAGACUUCUUGCUCUCCACCUUUAGAAAUAUGUUUCAACUUUUUUCUUCUUAAUAUCCCAGUCUGGGUCUUUUAAGAUAAUUUUGUUUCUGAACCAUUGACUUUUCUGCAUGAUCGCAAACAUUCACAAAAUAUGUUUUGGAAGGAUAUUGUAAAAUACUUGUGAUCUCGUUCAUUUUCUCAGAGCAUGUGAACUUUUGAAAAUAAUUACAUCCCUUUCAUCAUUUAGAUGAUGUGCCACUCCUGAACAUGUGCAUUAUUUCCCACAAUAGUCCACAUAUUCCCUUCCCCUAAUCUGUUAGUGCUGAAUAAGUUUCAGAACUGUCCAGAAUGGUUUGUAGAAUUUAGAAUGUGUUUAAGAUAAAACAAGUGACUUUCUGAUAGUUUGCUUAGCUUGUUUGACAGAGGUGAGUAAUUGCACUUCCAAGCCGUGGAAAGUGGGAGAAAUUAGCAUAGAUUUUCAAAAUGUAGAGGCAUCUCUGCUCUUGCUCUCAAAAUCCAGAAUCUUGUAGUCAAACUGGCAUGCUGCUUGGCUAUAAGAGAUCUCCAGCUCACCAUGCGGUUGUGGAAAUCUGUAUUUCUACUUAUUACCAGAAUAGUUGCUGGUUGACAAUUCUGUGUUACCUGUUCUCAGUGUGGAGCUUUUCUCCUAGUCUGCUUUUUAUAAGACAUAAAAUAUUUCAUUUAGAGGAGCAUCUGGGAAUCAAGGCUGCUUUAGCAUCAAUCUUGCAUGAUGAGCUAUCUUUCAAGACCAUAUGGAAAGCCUACUACAGUGGUUUCAGAGUUACUGUGAAAGGAGACCUUCCUCAGCGUAUCAGGAUUAGAUUUCUGUGCUAAGGCCACAUAUGGCAACUUCCUGUUGGGGGAGGGUGGGGAGAGAACUUGCAGUCAGGUGAUGAGUUGGAAAUAUUUCCUAAGGCUCAUCAUGUGCCAAUAUAAUACAAUUUUGGUUAGCGCUGACCACAUUGUAUAAACUGCUAAUGCUUGUUUGUUGAAAAACAAAUAGGUCAUUGACUGAAUACAAAGGAAUGUUUUCCCUAGCCUGUCUUUAAACUUUAAACACAGUGUGUUUUUGGGUUGAAUAAAUGCUGUUGAAAUGCUCUCUGGUCAAGCAUUUGUCUAAACAGACCUUCAUAAUGGAGCAGACCAGAGCUUUCCAAACUGUGUGUCAUGACACGUCAGUGUGUCGGCUGCAGCAUGUAGCUGUGUUGCAUGAACGCUCCCAGGGCAGGAAAGGGGUUAGUUUAACCUCUGGUUUGCUAGUAAAACUGUGUUUCUGUGUUGCGAAAUGAUGCAUAUCUAAAAAGUGUUUUACCUGAAGUUUGAAAAGCUCUGGAGGAGACAGUGCUGCAGGAUACUAGAAAGAGUCUUCUUGCAGCAUGCUUGAUUGUAAUUUCUAGAAGCUAAUACCCAUUGCUGGGAAUAACAUUUUCCAGCUAGGAAGAAGUAGCCCACUAUAAAACUUUCUACAUUAACACUUGUUUCUCAUGUUUUCCCAGUUUUGGCAUAAAGCAUGUUUCCACUGCGAGGUCUGCAAGAUGACUCUCAACAUGAAAAACUACAAGGGCUAUGAGAAGAAGCCGUAUUGCAAUGCGUAAGUUGCUGGUGUUCACAUUACUUUGCCCUUCUACUCUGUAAAGCUGUUUGUGUAUAGCUGCAAGUGAAAAGUAUAUUUCAAGGGGCAGUAUGUAUCUGGAAAUCUCAAUGCAAUUUAGUUGUUGACUGUGGCAGGCAAGAGACACAAGGAAAGAAGCUGAGCUGAUACCUGUGGAGGUAUUAAUCCUAAUUAGUCCAUCCUUUCAAAGUAUCCUUCUAAACCCUUGUCAGUGACUCUGAGAGAAUGGAAUUUGUUAUUCAUUAGGAAGCUAGUGCCAACAGCAUGAUAGGUGACCUAUUUUAUUUUUCAAAAAUUCUGAACUUUAUCCUGACAAAUUCCAGUGUGGUAUACAAUAAUAUAAAUAUAGUAGUAUAAACAUCAUAUCCCACAUCCUUCAUAACAAAAUGAAACUAUAGCACAGGGGAGGGGAGUCUCCAGUCCAGAUUUGGCCUGCAGUUGGACUUAUUCUGGCCUUCUCUGUCCCCUCUCACCCAUCACUUCUUCAGCUUGGAGCUGCAUUUCCUCCCCAUCAAGCUGUUUCAUGUUAAACAGCUGAUCUGUGCAAUCAGCUUGGGGCGGGAGGGGAAGAGGUAACCAGAGAGAGAGGGAGAGUGUACCAUUGCAUUGGGAGGUGGGGGAGAGACUUUCUUUACAACCUCCUUUGCAAGAUGUGAAAUUGCAACUUCUUCCUGUGCAAGGAGAUCUGCUGUAGGAAGUAAGAAACUCUAGCUACAUGAAGACUUGAGCUUACACUUUGCUAAUAUGCAAAAAGUUCUCCAUACAUUUUGCAAUUGUUUACAUGCAAUUUUUGGUAUGCAAUUUCAUUUUGAAGUUUGAGACUUUGAAUAGUUGUAAGGCAAGGUUUGAGGGACACGGGUGGCGCUGUGGGUUAAACCACAGAGCCUAGGACUUGCUGAUCAGAAGGUCAGCGGUUCGAAUCCCCGUGACGGGGUGAGCUCCUGUUGCUCGGUCCCUGCUCCUGCCCACCUAGCAGUUCGAAAGCACUUCAAAGUGCAAGUAGAUAAAUAGGUACCGCUCCGGCGGGAAGGUAAACGGCGUUUCCGUGCGCUGCUCUGGUUCGCCAGAAGCGGCUUAGUCAUGCUGGCCACAUGAUCCGGAAGCUGUACGCCGACUCCCUCGGCCAAUAAAGCGAGAUGAGCGCCGCAACCACAGAGUCGGUCACGACUGGACCUAAUUGUCAGGGGUCUCUUUACCUUUACCUUAAGGCAAGGUUUGCUAUUCAGCUGUACAUUGUAUUCUUCUGGGAUCGCUGAACUUUUUUGACAGGUAAAAGGAAAGCUUUCAUUCUUACAAGAUUGGUUUUUUAAAAGUCUUAGGAGAAAGGGGAAGAUGUAACCUGAGUGCAGUUACUAAGAAUUUAAUAUAUGUGUCUUUCCACGGGAAGUAGAAUUUAAUCUGUGUGAGCGUGUCAGUGAUGUAUGAUUAUGUAUAGGUCUGGCUUUACCCACUAUUGAAAUGUGGCCUCUGACAGCUUUUCAGUGGGGUAAUGUGGCCCUCCAUCCCAAAAAGUUCCUCCUUUCCUGCUGUAAAGCAAGUAGAGGCAAGGCAAUAAAACUAACUUAAGGCCUGGGCAAAUAAAUAUGUCUUAACAUGGCACCGAAGGGAUUGCAACAGUGACACAGUCCACAAAGUGAUGUGCUCAGUGCUAGAAUGUUGGUAAUUUUAAGCAUAGAUGGAUAAUGCAAAAGUCAUGGGAUAGCAAGAAGGAUAUAUGGAUUAACUAGUGGCUGUGAUUCAAGAAAAGCUCUGAAAGCAGCAAGUAUUUCAGAAGAGGACAUGAAAGGGAAAGAUCAACAGUGCCAAUAGCAAAAGAACAGGAAGAUGAAAAUCUUCAAAACUAAGUUUGCAGUGCAAAGUAAUGGAGAUCAUAAAAAGAGAUGGCAUGGAAAUAUUUGGGUCAAGAAAGCUGCUUCAGAAGCUUUCUGAAAAGGCUUAGGGAGGGGGAAGACUUGGGAGCAAGUCAGGGUUAGGAAUUUUUGGAAAGGAGUAGAAGUUAUACAUAAGUGCAGGCGAAAGUAUGUGGCAAGAUCCUGUUCAAGAAAGUUGCCUCCAACCAUUUUGAGGCUGCCCCCACACCACAGCCCAUCCCGUUCACCAAAUUCCCUUGAGUCCCUGUGUUGCAUGCGUGGGUAAGCAGGGACUGCCAGAUGUAGGAGGUGGUGGAAAGUAGAUUUCCACCGGUCCCAUUAGCACACUUAACUCUGGAUCCAGCCCAGAAUAACUACAUCAUCUGGUCCAAAGAUGAAAGCGAGAUGAGAAUAUUGUUAAGACGUGACAGAUACAUUUAAGAAACAAACAGAACAUGUGAUUAGCCACAGUGGUUUGCUAUUAUAAACAUGGGUUUGAGUAAAGUCUGUGAAAAUGGUGACUGCCCGCAACCCUUGACCCAUGUCUGUUACUUGGCAUUCUCAAGAGAUGGAAAAAUUAAUUUUCCCCUUCAGCUUCUAUAAGACCCACUCAAUUGUAACAAAUAGAAUGAAGCUGUGUUUUACCAGCAGCUUAUGGCUCAUUUAGACAGAUCUAAAUGCUUGGAAAAGCCUCAUUUUCAGUGUUUUUGCUUAUGCUUUCAACCGCCACUUUUGUCUGGAGAUAUGGGAUACUCUAGUUCACAACUGGUCUCCUGAUCAAGACAGAUGCUGCCUUCCCCAGGACAAUUGCCAUGCUCCUGGUUGUGUCACUAAUAGUCAAGAUGGCUGCAAGGUGGCCUCCUCUCCUCCAGUUCAUCACCUCCAAACCUCGGUUUUCCAUUCAGCCUGCUAUGCCCAUGAAGGUAGCUUAGACUAGGUAAAGCUUUGUUCUUGUUCUAUUCUUCUUGUUGAAAACUUCAGCAGCGCUGGGUGGGAAAUUUGAGUAUUUAGAUAGAGCAGCAGAGUACGGAGUUGUCCCUUUAUGGGCAGCAAUUCAGGAAGUGUGUAUGUGGGAUAGAACUUCAAGAGAGGCUUUAAGGGCACCCAGAAUCCAUGUCCAGAGCAAGGAUAUUUUAGGAGGUGGGGUGCUACUGGGUUUUUCUGAGCUUAGUUGUACCACAUGCCACAUUCAGUAUCCAUCAAGAGAGGUAACAUGAAUUGUUUAUUCCUAUGGUUCUAGAUUCAGGUAGGUAGCUGUGUUGGUCUGACGCAGUCAAAAUAUAUUUUAAAAAAUUAAAAACUUGUCCAGUAGCACCCUAGAGACUGUUGCAGGAAUUUAUGUAUAGGUUGGGGGGGGGUUGCCCCUCCAGCAGAUAUCAUGCACAUGCAGCCCACUACCAAAAUCAGCACAAUCUCUUUUGUGACUUUUGUGAUUUGUCCCCACGAAACACUUCAUCAGUUUCUUCCUAUCUAUUCAAAGGGCCUUUGCUGCAUGAUACCAAAUGUAACAAUUCACUGAUAAAUGUAUCUAUGUACUGGCUCACUGGGAAAACUUCAGAAAUUCAUAUAGACAUGUGAGCUCAGCUACUCAGCAGCCCCUCUGCCUGAGUGAUAAUCCCUGGCAUCCUGAUACCUGAGUGCCAGACAGGUAGCCAUUCCAGAAAUAACAAACCCAGAUGAAGACAAAAGGGUGUAAUUAACUUGGCUGGGAAACAGGGAAAUGUAAAUAUAUUUUUUGUUACACUUGAUGGGUGUUUGGUGGAGGGCAAGGAGAACCAUGGGGCAGGGUCCAGCAUGCUCAGAUUACUGCCACCAGACCUCCCCUUUCAUAAUGUAACCGUGAUGUAUGAGUGAUGUAGUUUGGGGUGUAUGACAUGGGGAUUAGCAGCUAAUAAAAGUUUGGGGGCUCUUUUGUUUGGGGCUUCCAUCUUGUUCCACCUUGUGGCAGGUGGGAGUCCUGUCACAACAGUCUUCAAUAAAGACCAAGCCUACUGGCUGCUGUUUUGCUCUGGUAUUCCUGGCUGGUGUCCUUGUUUUCUUGUCCAAGGGAGCCCUCAGAUUUCUCCGUUAAUAAGACCAGUGAAGUUUGUUCUUGGUAUAAGCUUUGGUGUGCAUGCAGGAACAAACUUAGUUGGUCUCUAAGGUGCUACUGGACAAUUUUUAUUUUUUAUUUUUUGUUUAUUCCUAUGAAUCUUUUGGUUAAAAAACAAAACAAAAACCUUCACAACUAGGGUUCAAACUUUAAUGGAAAAUAUGAUUAGGUUUCUGAUUAGGUCUGCAGUAUUUAAUUGAUUGGGACGCGGGUGGCGCUGUGGGUUAAACCACAGAGCCUAGGACUUGCCAAUCAGAAGGUCGGUGGUUCAAAUCCCCGCAACGGGGUGAGCUCCCGUUGCUUGGUCCCUGCUCCUGCCAACCUAGCAGUUCAAAAGCACCUCAAAGUGCAAGUAGAUAAAUAGGUACCGCUCCGGCGGGAAGGUAAACGGCAUUUCCGUGCGCUGCUCUGGUUCGCCAGAAGCGGUUUAGUCAUGCUGGCCACAUGACCCGGUAGCUGUAUGCCGGCUUCCUCGGCCAAUAAAGCGAGAUGAGAGCCGCAACCCCAGAGUCGGCCACAACUGGACCUAAUGGUCAGGGGUCCCUUUACCUUUACCUUUAUUUAAUUGAUUAAAAAACACCUUGUUAUUGAUGUCCCCCCAUUAAUCAGGCACCAGAAUUAAAAGUAUUGUAAUAGAAGUAGUGAAAAAAUAUAGGUUGUAAAUGCCAUCUUACAAGAAAUGAUCCCUUUUUCUUCUCACAAGAAAAGAUGGUGGCUCUUCUAAGAUGGUUGCUGUUGUGACAUGCAUAUACGCUAUUUAAAACACUGUUUUUCUUAACUCUUUUUAUGCAUAUACUUGUUUUUUCCUAUUUAGUUAAACGGCAUAUGAAUAACUUGGCUAGGAUUGCUUUGACCAGGUGUGUUCCUCAGGUAUGUGAGGGCAAGAUUGAAAAUAGACAGAUACUGUAUAUUCUCAAAAGUCUGAUAUUCAGAGAUAAAGAAUUGCCCUUCUUUUAAUUAGUGCUCAUGUUUCCCUAUACUCAUCUCCUCUUCAGACACACUCCUCCUUACCAAAGUGCAGAAUUUUGCCAAAUAUAAAACACUAGAUUUUAUAUAAAGUGUGUAAAAUAGCAGUUUGAGACCAAACCCCCAAUAUAUGUAGUCUUUGGCAUAAUAUUUUGGGGGGUGGGGGGAUUCCAACUAUGGUCAGUGCUGGCAGAGUCUUGUACAAGGCCCUCCUUUCUAAACAUCCGCCAUAAAAAGUGGAAUUGUACAAUGAAUGUCCUAUCAUUUUCUGUGGAGUGGGGAGGGAAAAGGCCACGUUUAUGCUGGCAGGAGUAAGCUUGCUUUUUCAAACAUGUCUAAUACAGGCUUUCUUCUGUCCGUGCUCUGGCUUCCUGCCAGGCCGUAAGCUUAUUUCUCAGUCAGAGCAGUAGGAAGAAGGCUGGGCUUCCUCUUUGCUGCCUUGAUGCCAUACGGCAAUCUGAACAUAACCUUCCAAUGGCGCCUUUGCUGUGUGGUUUUGCCCUCUGAGGCUUUCCUUCAUCAAUGAGGUGGGGUGAACAGGGCAUGUUUGCUCUGAUCUCAAGGGCUUACUUCCUAGCAUGUUCUGUCAAUAGUGUCUUUGAAAAGCUAGAUUGAAUGAUAUACCUUGUUAGCCCCACUUUUACAAAGUUAGUGUAGCAUAUAAAGAUAGAGCCAUGAAUUGGUAAGCUCCUGAUUUGACUGUUGCCACUUCUGUGAAUUAAUUAGUAUAUCUCUGACCCCUAUCUGUAAUAUAGGGAUAAUUCUGGCUUACUUUACUGGGUUAAUGUAAGGAUUACAACAAAAAUUAGAACAACAGCGUGGGUGGCGCUGUGGGUAAAACCUCAGCGCCUAGGGCUUGCCGAUCACAUGGUCGGCGGUUCGAAUCCCCGCAGCGGGGUGAGCUCCCGUCUUCAGUCCCAGCUCCUGCCCACCUAGCAGUUCAAAAGCACUCCUAAGUGCAAGUAGAUAAAUAGGUACCGCUUUAUAGCGGGAAGGUAAACGGCGUUUCCGUGUGCUGCGCUGGUGCCGGCUCACCAGAGCAGCUUCGUCACGCUGGCCACGUGACCUGGAAGUGUCUCCGGACAGCGCUGGCCCCCAGCCUCUUAAGUGAGAUGGGCACACAACCCUAGAGUCGGACACGACUGGCCCGUACGGGUAGGGGUACCUUUACCUUUACAACAAAAAUUAAAAUACACUGAUCAAAAACUGUAUAAGCUUGACUCGGGCUUCCAGUAAUGGAAUUUUGCAUGGUUUUAGAUUGUUACCUCACUCUUCUUUGAGUGAGCUCAGAGGUGGUAACGCAUGGAUGUGGGCUAGCCCCCCUUGUCUUCACAACUCUGUGAGGUAACUUAAGCUGCCUGUGUGUAACUGGCCCAAGGUUACCUAGUUAACUUCAUGGCUGUGUGGGCAUGUGAACUCCUUGGACAGUGCUGACUCAGAACUCUCCCAUCUCUAAUUUUUCCAUUUGAGAGAUUGUAUAAUUCUCUCUUCUUCAGUUCAAGGAUUCUUAAUGUAUGAAAAGAAACAUCCUGCAGCAGCUCAGUUCCCUUUGCCCGCCCCCCCCUUCAAGCUAAGACUGAUUCAAGUGUGAAGGGGAAACUUCCACAAGCCAACAUUAUAUCUAGCUUCUCCUAUUAUGCUAGUGCAGUCCUAGCAUAAAAUGAAAGGAUCAUGCCCAAAGUGUUGACUAUUAAGAUAUAAAAAUGCCAUGCGCUCAGAUUUUUUCAGUAAUUGAGUUUUAUGUGACUUCAUGUAUACAAUACUUCAGCUUUCUAGCUGUUUUGGAAGUACCUUAAUUUGGAAUAAAUGGCUCACCCCAGUUUUGAUUUCGAGACAAACAAAUGUUCUGUUUUAGGUGUCAUUUUACUAAGGGGUUUGGGUUACGUACAUGCUGUAUUGAUUACAUUUAAAUAUGCAAACCUCUGAAGGGCGUGUUAGUAUAAAAGUUAUUACUUGUGAUGAAAGAAAACACGUCCUUUAAAACUUCUGUGUUUUGUGACCCAGAACUAAAGUACAGUGGUGCCCCGCAAAACGAAUGCCUCGCAAGACGGAAAACCCGCUAGACGAAAGGGUUUUCCGUUUUGGAGGUGCUUCGCAAAACGAAUUUCCUAUGGGCUUGCUUCGCAAGACGAAAAUGUCUUGCGAGUUCCUGCGGGGUUUUUUCCUCCCCCCCCUUUUUCCCAAGCCGCUAAGCCGCUUAUCAGCUGAUCCUAAGCCGCUAAGCCGCUUAUCAGCUGAUCCGCUAAGCCGCUUAUCAGCUGAUCCGCUAAGCCGCUUAACAGCUGAUCCGCUAAGCUGCUUAACAGCUAAGCCGCUAAGCCGCUUAUCAGCUGAUCCGCUAAGCCGCUAAUAGCGCUAAGCCGCUAAUGGGCUUGCUUCGCAAGACGAAAAAACCGCAAGACGAAGAGACUCGCGGAACGGAUUCUUUUCGUCUUGCGAGGCACCACUGUAGCUUCUGCAAAAAGUGUGUUUAUAAUUCCAUUGAUCAAAAUGAGACUCUGCUGGUUUGCCAGAGGAGGCUGCAGGCUGGAGUCUGUUCCUGUUGCGAUGCAGCUAUGUCAUAGGAGCAAGUAGGCUAGGUUUUUGCGGUUUUGACUAGUUAUAAUACAGUAGUGGGGAGGCGUGUAAAAUAUGGCUCUUCAUUUCUCACAUAUACAUUUACUUCAGAAACAAAACAUACCUUGUCACUAGUGAAUGCCUCAUGAUAUUCUACAGAGCAACAAUGCACACUAUUGCACGAAAGCACACUUCAUUCUCUACAUCUCCAGUUUACUAGUAAGAAGAGGAAAGUUCAGAACAGAACAUGAUUUUUCUGCACAGAAGCAGCAAAGUUUCCUAGAGUUCUGGAACAGGCUAUUGUCCGUCCACACUAAAAGGAAGUGGGUGCUGGUAAUGAAUUGCUUGAGUGUGGUGAAUCUGGAAGGCUCACUUAUGUACACUCCACUGAGCAGACCUCUUUAUUUCUUGAAAUGCUGUAGAAUAGAUGGCAGGAAGUGAGUGGCCUAGUUGCACAGUUAUUUCCUCUUCCCCCUGCUUGGAAGGAAGAUACGCAUUCCUUUCUGCAGAACAGCUGCUUUAAAACGGUUUUUGUCUGUUUAUUUGUUGCGACUUUUACUGGAUGAAUUAAUACUAUUGGAUGACUACAUUUCCGUGUUUCUUUCAGUAGCAUCUAUUUCUUGUUUCUCUGUUUUGGAAAACUAAUAUAUGUGGUUCCUUUUAGUAGAAGCGAUUUAUUAUUGUCAUGGAGGGCGGAAAUGCAUGACUGGUUUGCCUCUUUGGUCUCUUUUGUUGCUGUUCUGGUGGGUCAACACACCACCCAUAUACUUUAUCAUCAUUCUUAGACUCCAUGUGGCUGUCCCCAUGUCCUUCCUCUGUUUUGCAGUUAUAAUUGCACAUAGGAAGUCAAAUGCUGUGGUGCUCUGUAAGAUCAGCACUUUUAGGUCUUUGCUCUCUUUGGGGACAUGUUCAAAGCAUUUGUUUUAUAAUCCUCAACUGUCUAGUGCUAUUUCUCUGAUCUGAAUAUUGCAGCUUCCCUGUUGCUCUUAAAAAUGGCACUGUACUGGGGAGAUCUUAUUACUCUGUUGUGCUGCUGGAGUGCUAAAUGUUUGAUGAAUGCUUUGCUUGAUGAAUGAAUAACUAUUAUUCAAUUAGCCCCUGUCAUUUGGAAGAAACCAUCCCAGAAGUGAUCUUUUCUUCAUUUCCCUUACUAGCUUUGCUGAGAAUCCAGGCUCUUCCUUCCAUCAGUUAUUGCUUGGCAGCAACCAUUACAUCAGACUGUAGUAAAGAAGGGAUGCAGAGCCACUCUAUCAGUACAGUGGACCCUCUGGUUAUGUUACCUUCAGGUAAUGUAACAUUCGGGUUGCGAACGUGUCAAACUUCCAGGUUUCGCCAUAUGUGCAGAAGCGCUAUAUCGCACCGCGCACAUGCACAGAAGUGGCACCUCUAGAUGCGGACUUUUCGGGGUAUGGAUGGACCCCUGGAAUGAAUUAAGUUCAUAACCAGAGGGUCCAUUGUACAGCUAAGAGACCAGCAGCUUUUGACUUCUGUUCUUGAAUUCUUCAGUCCUAGCAGGUCAUUUUAGGAACUUGUAACUGAGAACUUGAACAUGGAUUUACUUCUCCCCCUUCCAAUCCAUUUUAUUUUUGUGUCAAUUUUUAUUAUUUUUUAUUUUAGAUUGUAAGCCUGAGGAUAGGCACUUUCUGUAGUAAACUGUAAGCUGCUCUGGGAGCUUUUUUGACUAAAGUGUGGGAUGAAAAUUCUUUAAAUAUAUAAAAUUGUCUUCCUCUUGGAAUGAUAUUUUGGGAGUAUCAUCUCAUCUUGAACCUUUCCUUUAGGUGAAGGUUGAGCCUGGAUUAGUCACAAACAGCAUGUAUGACUUGAAAUUGAUUCUCACUAGAAAUCAAUAUGGGAAUUGUUCUGUUGCUGGUGGUGAAUAAAGGAUACUUUCAUUUCUAACUCAAGAAGGAAAUGAAUGAUUCCCAAACUGAAUCAGAAUCUAUGAUUGAAUUGUAUGGAACUUGCAGGAUGUUAAGGUUGUCAAAGACUAUCUCCUGAGCUGUAUACAGGACUUUCUGGAAAACUAUGGCAUUUUAACACACAUGUUUAGUUAAGAGUGACUAUUUGAAAUCUCUCCAUUCAUGAAUCUGUGCUCCAAGUUAAUCUGCUGUAUUAUUUAUUGGAUUUAUAUUGUACCCCCCUUCCAAAUCAACCUCAUAGCCUGCUUUUUCAGUUCUUGAAAGCUUUUUCUCAGAAUUGCAAGCCUUCAUACAAAUGUCACAUUUUGCAAUGCAUGAUGCUAAUGAUUUGCUUUCAGUAGAGUAGGAAGAUUUUAAAUAGCUGUCACUUACCUAUUGUGUCUGCUUCUAGGUAACUGUAAAAAACUUGUCAUAUUUUCCAAUUUUGUUUUCCCUUUUAAAUACAGAUCUUCCAGUAUACAACCCAAUGUCAUAUCCACACCUCCAAAGUAUUAUAGGAUGUGUGGUGUCAAGUAUUUGAUCAGCAUGCUUCCCACCUGUUACUUUGUUUUCUUUCAACCCCUGCUUUGGAGCCUGCCUUCAAGAAUUUAGGACAAUGGAUGAUAUUAUUAUUUAUUUGACUUAUUAGUUGCUUUUUUGCAACUUACAAAGGAGUUGCUGGUAGCACAGUAUUAUAUAAACUAAGACUGAUCACAAGCACCUGCAGUAAAGAUAAAGGUGGAAAUGGCAGAACUUUCAUAUUUAAUUUUUUAUCUAAAAGCUUUCUAAAGUUUCAUGUGGAAAUACAUUUUAGUAAUGAGGGUUGAAGUGCACCACAUUUUUAGAAAAGGCCUCGAACUUUUUGCAUUGUUGUUAAGCCCCUCUACUCAACAUAUUUUCCCCAAAUUUUGCACACUCUCAGAUUAAUUUUCUCCAUUAAAGAGUUCCUCCUCAGUGUUCUGAAAUGUGUGCAAGCCAGUUUGUGACUUAAGGAAUUAAUACAGUACAGUGGUACCUCGGGUUAAGUACUUAACUCGUUCCGGAGGUCCGUUCUUAACCUGAAACUGUUCUUAACCUGAAGCACCACUUUAGCUAAUGGGGCCUCCUGCUGCCACUGCACCUUACUACCUUUUGAUACAUUAUAAAAGUGUGCCAGUUUCAUCUCUUUAUCUUGUGUGGGGGAAAAUGUAGGUAUACUUUCAUAACUAGCUUACACAAUAGAAAGUGAGCAAUACAAAUUCCCCCCCCCCCCGCCGCCCCUUGCUAUGAGGUAGCAAGAAGUAGAAUCUACAAAGGCUGAAGGUGGACAUUUGCUAAGUGAUAGCAGAUGAUAGGGGAGGGUUUUGGGUUUUUUAGGAAUGGCAUAAGUAUGGAAGUGAAGGCCACAUUUGUCUGGUAGAACUAAGAGGUAGGAGCCACAAAAAUGGCUUAUGUUAUAGGAGACCACAUCACUUGCUAAUUAAAACAUUUAAAAUAACUGCAGUGCAUUUACUGCAGUUCUUGUGUCUUGAGUUCUUGUGCAGAUGAGAUUUGCUUCUGCCUUAUUCUAAGCAUUUGUAUUUAUGCUAGCUAUUCAAGAGUUACAUGGCCACUCUUAUUCAUAUUAUGAAGGAGAAUCUAAACUUUUCCUCCUUUACAUUUGGACUCAUUUUCUGUCUCUUGCUUAGUAAUUAUGGUAGCAAUAUACAUUUUCCACAGAGCAGAUUUCAACAACUGGUUCUGCCAAAAUAACUUGCUGCUGUUCACUUGGGCCUCUUACUGAAAGUGGCUGGUUUUGGGUUUCCCCCCAAAUAUUUAGUCUUCUGGUCCUGAUUCCAAAAAUUCAUUGCUAAUGCCAGUACUUAAGUAUCUUUUGAGAAACUGAAAUCUAUGUGGACAUGCUGCAUUUAGUAAGAAAGUAUCUUUGCUCUAGUCUAGCUCAUAGGUAGACAAACUAAGGCCCGGGGGCCAGAUCCAGCCCAAUCGCCUUCUCAAUCCAGCCUGUGGACGGUCCAGGAAUCAGCGUGUUUUUACAUGAGUAGAAUGUGUGCUUUUGUUUAAAAUGCAUCUCUGGGUUAUUUGUGGGGCAUAGGAAUUCGUCCCCCCCCCUUCAAAAUAUAGUCUGGCCCCCCACAAGGUCUGAGGGACAGUGGACCAGCCCCCUGCUGAAAAAGUUGGCUGACCCCUGCUCUAGCUGUUAGGUCAACCACUGACAAUGUUCCUGCUGUAAGGAUGAAUUUCCACAGUGACUGUUCACUGUUAAAUCCAUUACGCUGCCACGUGGAUUCAAGUAGUGAUUCCAAACAACCCUGCAAUAUGUGAAACAUUUAGCAUUCAGAAUAAUUUUUUAAAUUAUGAGGUAGUAUCAGACCCUUACCCUUAUUGUUUCCUUCAGUAGUUUAUGGGACUAUGCCAACCUGAUAUGUACAGGUAACAAUUAAAUGCUGGUGAAAUUGGGUGUUUUUGAUGCAGAAGUUAUUUAGAGAAUAGAAAACUAAGUUUAAACAUGAAUGUUUUAAUUCCUGAUUCUGAUAAGCCAAGUCUGUGGUUGUGAAAUUUUCCCUCGCAUUACCCUGCAAAUACUCUUCAACUGCAAUUAUUGGCAGCGAUACUAGGAUUUCAAGUACCAACUCCCAGAACUGAAUUGUACAUCUCUUUAGAAUGCUAACAGAUCUCUUUGGGGAGUUUGUGUGUUUGCCUGUUUGUUUGUUUUUUAAAAAAAAUCUUCUGCACCAAAACACGUGGCCACUACUGGGAACCCCCUUCUGGAACACAAGCACUGGAAGUGGUUGCCAUGGCAAGCUAAGAAAUUUGGCUCUUCAUAGCAGCAACAUAAAGCUCACUGCACAACCAUAAAUGUCCCAGUGUGUCUGUCUAUAGUCUGUAUCUUUAGUAAGUUUUUUUUUAAAAAAACAGGUUUGAAUGAACAUCUGGUAGCUGCCUUCCAUAGAAUCUUUUCUCAUUGACAAGCAAAUACUGACAGUUAAAAUGUCCUGAUGAAACCUAUAUUUCCUCUCUUAUUUGUCCCUUUUACUCUGUUAUUGCUGGCUUCUGUUGUAUCUUGCUACCCAACAAACAGUGAAUGGUAGCUAGACUGCAGCAGCCACCCUUCCACCUACCCCACAAAUAAUAUUUAAUUUUAAAGUACAAAAAUGCAUAUUGAGGAUAACCAGAUAAAUAUAAAAAUUAAAAUACACUCUAACCAUAUCCACCACCUAGACUUGUUAAUUAUAAAUACACUGUGUAUGAUCAGGACUUCUCUCAACCUAGAAAUGCAUUUGCACCAAGGCUAGAAUAUGUUGAUAUAUAGACUAGCUGUGGCCAUAAGCUUUAAUAUAAGAGCCUGCACCACCCAAAAUGUAGAUCCCUGCCAGCUCCCAGGAAGUGCUACUUGGAUUAACUACUGCCAAUUAGACAGGGACUAAAAGGUUACCUUAAUUUUAUCUAACUGAAAUAUAAACCAAAUAUAACCUAAAAUAUAAAUGGCCAGAAGAUGGGUGUGUGUGACAGCUUUGAUUGUUUCUUGCAGAGUUGAUGUUUGUGGUGCAGUACACUAUUCAAAGUCAGUAUCAUUCCACCUGGCCCAGUCAAGACACAUGUUCAGAUUUAGGCUUGGAAUUGGUUCAAGAGGAGCAAUUUCUCAAGCCUCCCACUUAGAAUCUUAAUACUAAACUUACUACAGACCCUGCAUGUUGCUCUAACUGCUGGCAAUUUUUUUUAAAAAAAAUUCAGAUGUCUUGCUUCCACCUUCCCCUCUGUCGCAUCUGAAGCAGGAUAUGAAUGCAAGAGCACUCUCUCUACUUCCAUUCCUCAUCAACUAGCACUCCCAUAUGCCACCUCCAAUCCUAGUGGUAGUACACAGCAUUACAACAUAGAAGAGUUCUGCUGCAGAUUCACGAAAAGGGAGAGCUAGACAUCUGGCUUUUUUUGGCAGCAGAUGCAGGUUUAACUUCAAAUUUGGCCCUAAGCUAAUUGGAGCAGAGAAGUGACAAGGAUUCAAAAUGGCAGCCUUCUGUCCACAUGAUGAUCCUGCUCUUCAGGGAUUUCAGCUUGGGUUCCUAGCAAUCUCGUUACACUGUAUUACAAGAUUGCCUUGAAAGGGAUUCAGAAUUGCAAAAUCACUUAGCAUUUUUAUGCUCUCAUUAAUCGAGAAGGAAAAGUGAAAACCAUAUCUAACUCUAAUCCACAUACUGUAUUGAGAUGCUAUCUUAAUUUCAUUCAUUGACAAUUAUUCUUUGAAAUACUAUUUCUGUUCCAUACUACAUAUUGGGGCACUGAGUGAGAGUGGUUUGCUACAAGGCUGUAGCUGAAGAACUAAAACCUAAAUCUUCAAGGUCUAAUGCUCUUAUGUGGGCUCAAGCUAGCUAUCCCUCCUGUUCUGUGACGAUACUGUGUGUGUACGCAGAAUAUCUCGCUGCUCUAAGCGGGUUAACCUGAAUUGGGAUUAAGGGGAAUUUUGGGGGUUUAUAUUUUAGGGCAAACAUAGGAACUGCAUAAUUCUUGCUCAUGCAUUAGUCUUGUCAGGUAUGCAGGCUAGGAGAUGGUCUUCAAGCAGGCAAGCUGCUUUCUGUUUCACCAGUACUCAAAAUCGUAGUGCAUUGUCAGACAGCCCUUAAAUUAAGGCACAUUUUCCACUUUUUUUUUUAAAGGGUGGUUUUCUGUUCCCCUUCCUAUUUUCUCCCUUCAGGAUUAGACUUCUCCAUAGAUCUUAUUGAAUAGCAUUUAGCUGCCACAGUUUCACUUCUUUUGUCUCUUCCUCCUUCACUUUUUAAUAUGUGGGAUGUAAUACCCUUAGCUAGGUGGUCCCUUCUGUGUCAUGUCACCCAGUGUAAUCUACCGCUGAUGUCCUUAAAUUGCACAAGAGGGGGCCAUUCCCCUCUCCUUCCCAGAAAUAACAGCAUGGCCUGGAAUUGUAUACUUUGUACCCCACAACUUGUGGGGAGGGGAGUGCUGGUACUGAGCAUGCAGUUGCUUGCUGCUUGCUUAUUUUGUAAGCACAGUUAAACAUAUACUCAUUCUUAAUUGGUCUUUCUGAGUAGUCAGUUCUAUUUUUAACCCUGAAUUUCCUGCCUUUCUGCUACAUUGUGCUCACAGGUUAUUUUUCAUCCUUGCUGUGGCUAGUGGCUUAUCUUUGUGUGGUAUCGGUGGAUAAUACUGUGAUGUUCUGCAGCUUUGCAAAGGUGUGGUAUAGAGGUCUGCCUGUGCAUAAACUUGAAUGUAAUAAAAUCCAGUGGGUGCUUUGAAAUCAGAAAGGGCAGGGGGCUCUCUGCUCCUGGAGUAUUUAACUUCUAAUGGGUUCAUCCAGAGUGUUAAAAGUGGAGGUUAUCCAAUGAGCGGAGGCUAAUUCUCGUCACAAGAAUAUAGUGGAACUUUAUAUGCCAAGAAAGCAACACUGGUAGUGCUCAUGAAGGGGGUGGGGAAAGCGAUUGGCUGUUUCAUCGGUGUGGCCCAAGGACAGAUGAGAUUCACAGAGCCAAACAGUUCUAUGUAGACUGCAUUUUAAAAGGCCUCUGAAUUUUGCAUCAAGGUAACCCAAAUGUUGUGGUGCAAAAGAAUUGUGAAUAUUUGUAGAUCCUUGCUUGUUUUAUUUUGCUAGCUGUAAAGAAGGGUGCUAAAACUUCCACUCCUUAGCAACUGAAAUCGUGUUCAUGUGAUCAUAAAUUCACCAAUCACUGGCCGCAUUUUCAAACGUUACACAUAAGGGCUAGAAAUUUGCUUUUAAAGAAAACGAGCCCUGAUCUAAAGAUUCGGCACCAAAUAACUUUGAAUUUCUGUAGGCAUGUUCUUCUAAGCGGUUUUGAUUGGCUACAAUGCCCUCUAGGUUGGAGAACCUUUAUUUUUGUGCAAUGAAGGCACAAAAAUUGUCCAACUAUGUAGAUGUAGGCCAAAUAACAACCAUUAAUUUCCCCAAAUUAUUGUAGCUGCAAGAUCUCGCUAUUCUUUUUUUUUGUGUGUGGUUGUGUGCUCAUUUAAGUCAAGGUUGUGGGGCAUUAAGUAUGCAGAAACAACCACUGUAUACCCACAUGUAACAUCCUUCUACUUUCUGAAUUUUUAGCAGACUGAUGCUGACUUUGCAAUCAUGGCUAAAUGUUCUGCAUAAGACAGCUAGGUUUCCCAGAAGAAAACAACAAUUAGAAGUCAAACCAGAAAUAAUUUUAUUAAAUAUAUUUCAAGAUAACAAUCUGGAUUUACAUAAUAAUAAAGAAUUAACAUGCCAGUUACUACAAGCAGUGAGACACAACAUAACCAGACACUGGAAACACCUUUCUGGCACAAUGAUAGACAGUUGAUACAAAGCAGUUUGGGAAACAGCCCUCCUUGAAAGAUUAACAAAUAAACUACGGUUGACUUGUGGGCAGAUCAAGAAAAAUGGCUUUACACUGUAUGGUGUAAUUUCAUAACAUAUCCCAGUAUUCCAGAAAAUAAACAACCCAUCAGCAUUUGGCUUAGUCUGGUUUAUCUAAAUUUUAACUUAAACAUAAAUUAUUACCUUCUCUUUGAACCCCCUUCCCACAUUCAUCAAAAUACCAAUGCUUUAUAUUGUUUCAUUGGUAACGUAAGAGGAAAAACACAACCACAAGGGCUCCUGAUUAGGUGUUUAGUUGUGCAAUGUUGAAUGUUAUCUGUUAACUCUGUUGUAUCCUGUUUCCCUUUUGGUUUUGUUUAAUCAGUUCAUGAACCAAGAACCUAUACAUUGACCACUAAUAAUGAACCAUACAUUGUAGAUAUUACUGCAAAUUUAUUGUGCCAUUUUUGUGAUAUACAGAUAACAUGAGAAGACUUGGUCUAUUCAUUUGUAUUAUUUAUCAUUCCUAUGAUCCUUUUAAAUAAAAUCCAAUAAAAAGUUGUUCCAGAAGGGAAAUGCUAUGAAAGCGAAAUUUAUGGAUUAAAGUUUGAAAUGUAUCCCUUAUUUGCCAAGCACCUUAGAUAUAUGUGAAACAGGUCCCCUGUUGAGCUCUCUGAUUUGUUGGCUCUUCUGGAGGAAGAAUCACAUGAUAGUUUUAUGCUCAUGGAAGCAGUACAUGUGAAAAGGAUCUAGGAGUCUUGGUUGACCACAAACUUGACAUGAGCCAACAGUGUGACGCGGCAGCUAAAAAAGCCAAUGCAAUUCUGGGCUGCAUCAAUAGGAGUAUAGCAUCUAGAUCAAGGGAAGUAAUAGUGCCACUGUAUUCUGCUCUGGUCAGACCUCACCUGGAGUACUGUGUCCAGUUCUGGGCACCACAGUUCAAGAAGGACACUGACAAGCUGGAACGUGUCCAGAGGAGGGCAACCAAAAUGGUCAAAGGCCUGGAAACGAUGCCUUAUGAGGAACGGCUAAGGGAGCUGGGCCUGUUUAGCCUGGAGAAGAGGAGGUUAAGGGGUGAUAUGAUAGCCAUGUUCAAAUAUAUAAAAGGAUGUCACAUAGAGGAGGGAGAAAGGUUGUUUUCUGCUGCUCCAGAGAAGUGGACACGGAGCAAUGGAUCCAAACUACAAGAAAGAAGAUUCCACCUAAACAUUAGGAAGAACUUCCUGACAGUAAGAGCUGUUCGACAGUGGAAUUUGCUGCCAAGGAGUGUGUUGGAGUCCCCUUCUUUGGAGGUCUUUAAGCAGAGGCUUGUCAACCAUGUGUCAGGAGUGCUCUGAUGGUGUUUCCUGCUUGGCAGGGGGUUGGACUCGAUGGCCCUUGUGGUCUCUUCCAACUCUAUGAUUCUAUGAUUCUAAUUCAUGAUACUGUACUAGGUUAGCCUUAUGCACAUCUUCAGUGGUUUUGCACAUAGAGCCCCCUCUGAAUUCAUGGACCAAUGCUUAACUUAGCUACCAAACAGCAGCAAUUAGGGAAGCAUUGCAGGUUGUUUGACAAAUUUUGACUGGCCUGAUUUGUCUCAGUUGCCCCCAGCUGCUUUUACACUUGGCUCUUAAGGUAGGCAAUGGAUAAUUGCAUCUAAAUUUGGAUAUAUUUAAAUGAGCUAAAUUGUGGGGAGAGGCAUAAGUACAAAACUUGCCAACUAAGGGUAUAGUUUUCACAAGGUAUCUGUGCAGGAAUACAUUUUAUCUGCUCUUACUUCUUUCCCUACUCCCUGGAUUUUGGUACACUGUAGCUGAGCCAAUUCAGUGAUGUCACAGACGCUACGUCAAAAUUUUCCUUUAGGUUUUUGCAUUAUUCCUAUCAAUCUUCCACAAUCUUAGGUGGACAGAGGUACCUUGAACAGCUGAGUAAAAUCCACAAUUGGUCUGUUUAGGAGCAAGAUCAUAGUGGCACAAACUGGGGGGCAGCUGAUAUGUAUAGAGACUGUGCUGGUGUUGGUUUCAUCUAAUCUGGCCAAACCAGAUUAAGAAUGAUUCCUUUUUAACACAGCCUAUUUUUUUCCCUCUUUGCAGACACUACCCAAAGCAGUCCUUCACUAUGGUGGCAGACACUCCCGAAAACCUGCGCCUUAAACAGCAGAGCGAGCUUCAGAGUCAAGUAAGGUUAUUAAAGUUUCUUCACAUGUUUCCUACUGCUAUAUUCUCUCAGUUACAGUAUUUUCCUCAGUGAUCUUCUGAAAACAGCACCCAAAGAGGAUGUGUGUAUAUUCAACCUCUUUUAAAAAUAGAACUCUCUCCUUAGCUGUCAGAAAGGAAAACUACUAAAAUAUUGCCUGAGGAAAUGAAAUUAUCAAAGCUGAAAUGAAAUUAACAAGCUCUGACAAGCAUCCCCCCUACAAACAGAUGAUAUUUAUGAUACAAUAAUUGAUGGACAAGAAUUUGAAGCACCAAAAAAAAAAAAAAAGAAGAAGAAGAAGAAGCAGCAGCUGAGGAAUCUGGAGAAAUGAAAGGAGUUGCAGAUUAAAAUGUACCCAAUAAAACUGCUCAGUGUAAAGUGCAGGUUGCAAGUGUGCAGUAAUUAGGUGAGCAAAUAAGUUGUGGUGUAGCACACAAGCCAAGCACUCUAGAAUAUUAUAGUCAAGAUGGGGAUAAGAUGAAGGCGGAGCAGUAUGGCCAGAAAUUAAGUGGCAUUGGGGGAUGAGAUCAAUGAGUUUCAUACCCUGAACAAAGUACUGGCUGCCAUAGUCAACUCUGAGGGUUACAGGACACAAAUUAUUUUUCACAUAGCACACUCUAUCAUGAUCAUAAUGGCACCUCAGGAUGCAUUCAUCCUUUAGCCUGUUUCUUCGCUGUAAGUGGGUAGACAAAUAAUCUGCUGCACAGGUUUGUUGGAAGGCUGGGCAAAUGACUGGAAAGCUCUUUGCGUGCUAGAAAUGCCAGAGAAGGUUACCAGAGCAAGAAUAGAAUCUGGGAUGUUGUACAUUGUGUAUAACAUCAGUGAGGAACCUUUAGCUCAUGGACCUAAUUAGUGCUAAUUUGGCCCAUGAAGCUGCUUCCCCCAAACUGCACGUACCUGAUGUUAUAUGUGAUGUCAGGUGUGGGGCAGGUAAGUAUGCAGCUGCAAAGGAACUAUCAAGAGCAUACUUUCAGUUUCCGAUGGUUCCUUGGCAAAGCAGAAAACCCUGAUUGGUCAACUGGUCGGUGAGCCCCAUUUGCAGAUACAGUUUGAAUUCAAACCAUGCCUGCAAACAGUUUUCUCUGUGGAUCAGUUUUGAAGCCAUCUUUGUAAAUCUGCAGAGCAAAAUGUCCAUUUGUAGGCAUACUUUGAAUCUCAGCCACUCCUGAAAAUGACAAAGCAGUGCUUGCUGUCGGUGGCAGUCAACUAAUUGUCUGGAUAGUGAUCCUAGUUCCCUGGUGCAUAGUAUGCUUAGUGACCUUUAGUCGAGGAGGAGUGGGCAGGGUGCAUAGAGUACCUACUUGGUAGAGGAGGGAAACAUUUCUUCCCUGUGAGUGGGUGACAACAACCGCCUAAAGAAAAGCAGUUAUCCUGGAAUGUCCAACUAGAGGAUGCUGCUUGGUGCUUUAAAUAUUAAUAGUGACAGUUUAUUAUUGGUAUCUCUCCCUCUGAGGGGUGUGAUAAUUUAUCCUGUCCUAUUCCCUACUUGACUAGGAAUUGUUAUGAGCCACAAGAAACAUUGGAUAGCUUGAAGAGGGGGAAAGCAUGUUGUGUUGAAGCUUUUAAUGUGAUUUGGCUACAGAAUUUGAUGCUUAGAUAUGAUGGUAUGAGAUUGUAGAUUCUCUUGAUAUACCUGCACACAAAUACAUCUUGUCCUUCUUUGUAAUUGUUUUAAUGCUAUUUUUUUGGGUCUAGAUUCCUCAGUUUUUGGGAAUUCGUAUGCUACUCUAACUUAGGGUUCAGUCAACCAUUAGGGCAGUGAUUGCCAACCAGUUGUCAUGUGAAUAGCUUUGGAGGGGGGUGGUUGAAAUGGCAGGCACUUCUUCACUGGUAAAGGGGCCUUUCAGAGGGGGUGCACGGUGUGUGAUUAAGAGAGAUGGACAAAGAAAGAGAUUCGUGUGGCUUGUGUGGUUUGUAUGAGUAACUGAGAAGGCGGUAUACCGUAUAUGUGGUCUGUGAGGGGGAGAGAGGCACUUGGGAGAGGUGCAUAUGUGAAGUACAUUAAUGUAUGAGAGAGAAAUACAUGUGUGUGGUGUGGUCAACAUGUAUCCUGGUACAGUCAAACCUCGGUUCCCGAACGGCUCCGUUUUGGAACGUUUCAGCUCCCGAACGUUGAAAACCUGGAAGUACAGUAGUACCUCGGGUUACAGACGCUUCAGGUUACAGACUCCGCAGGUUACAGACUCCGCUAACCCAGAAAUAUUACCUCGGGUUAAGAAAUUUGCUUCAGGGUGAGAACAGAAAUCGUGCAGUGGCAGCGGGAGGCCUCAUUAGCUAAAGUGGUGCUUCAGGUUAAGAACAGACCUCCAGAACGAAGUAAGUUCUUAACCCGAGGUACCACUGUAAAUGCUCUGGUUUUCGAGCAUUUUUUGGAAGCCAAACAUCCGACGCAGCUUCCACUUCAGUGCAGGAAGCUCUUGCAACCAAUUGAAAGCCAUGCCUCAGUUGUUGGGCAUUUCAGAAGCCGAACAGGCUUCCAGAACGGUUUGACAAGCAAGGUUUGACUGUACAGUCGUACCUUGGAUCCUGAAUGCCUUGGUACUCGGAUGUUUUGACUCCCAAAUGCCGCAAACCAGGAAGUAGGUGUUGCGGUUUGCAAACAUUCUUUGGAACCCGAACAUCCAGCGGGGCUUCCGCGGCUUCUGAUUGGCUGCAGGAGCUUCCUGCAGCCGAUCAGAAGCUGCACUUUGGUUUCCAAACAUUUUGGAAGUCAAACGGACUUCCGGAAUGGAUUCCAUUCGCCUUCCAAGGUACAACUGUACUAAAGAAAGCUCCCUGUUAGAUGGCAACUGUGUGUAUCUGUGUAAUGUAUGAUCCCCACAUUCAGGACCAACAGGACAUAGGUGACUUCCCACAGCAAUCAUGAUAUUUUCUGGGGGCAGUGGAGUAAUCAAGCACCUAUGACUUUUGCUCUUAAGUUGUGUUAUGCCACAUCCCCAUGGCAGCCAUUUUGUGACCAGUGCCCACAGCACCGUCUCAAAAUUCAUAACAUGUCUACUCCUUCAGAAAGGACGGCAGACCCUUUAUUAGGCUAAGUUAAAUAAAUAGGGUUCCACAAUGGCUAGGUAGGUUGUUUUUUUUCAGCUGCUUAAUCUCUCCCUUGUCAUUUUCAAUCCCUGACUGGAUUUCUUUCCCCAAAAUCGCUGUUUUUCUUAUCUUAACCUUGAUCUCAAAGUCAUCUGAAAGAGGGUCACACAGUGCCAUGUUUAGCAGAGGUAGCAGACAUUCUACCUAAAUGCUAUUGAUUGUGGAUUGCAAUCAGGAAGUCUUUCAGCAGUUUGUAUGUGUUUUAAUGCUGAAGUUCUUGAGGUGUUACUUUUUGUGCAGCUGUACUUUUUGGAAUGGUCUUGCUCUGGGUUCCUCUACCUAGAAAUCCUCUUUGCUGAGGCAACAUUUUUGUACUGAGGCAGGUAAUCUGACUUCUAAGGUGGGAAUGUUGUUGUUUCUUAUACCACUUACUUGCUAAAAUGGUUUCUAAGCAGUUAUAAAAAUAUAUCAGCACACAAUCAAAAUAUGCAAUAAAACCAUUUUAUUAAAACAUUGAAAACAUUCAUAAUAAGCCCACACAGAGAUAUAAAUAAGACUGUUUCUUUCAAUCCACUUGUGGAGAGAACUCGGAGGUGACUGAAAAGGAAAAUGAGUAACGACAAAGAGUUGAGAAGAUGGGGCUGAAAACAUCAUUGUAAACAGGAAAGCAGCAGAAAUAUGGAUGAUUGGACUCCUGACGAUCGAAAAGCAUGGUACCCCCACAAAAAAAAUUAAUUUGGAAAACAUUUGGACUUUAUCAUGUGUAUUGAUACAAUUUGGACUAAUUGGUAUGAUAUGUUUAAUUUGGUAAAUGGAAACUUAAUAAAAAUUAUUUUUUUUAAAAAAGAAAACAUUCAUAAUAAAAUGCACAAUAAAACCUGUUUAAAUAGCAAUUAAAAUAAUUAGAUCAGGGGGUUCAGGUCAGGAGAUCAGAGGAAUGCACUUUAGAAGACAAGCCUGUGUAGUUUUUUGCAAGGCAGCUUGUGAGAGGGAGGCCAUCAAGGAAUGGUUCUUUUUCUCCUCUUCAUGCCAUGUGAGAGACAAGGAGGCUGCCAGCUUGAUUGCAUGUUGCCAGUUAACUGCUCUCUGAAUUUGUAGCCUCAUCUAGAUGGGAGUGCUGUUUUUCUCUAGGAAGUCUGAUGUGGCCCCUUUCUGUUUUAAUCUGCCACCUGGGGAGGCUAGGUUUUGAUUUCAUCAUCUGUACCCAAUUGUAGUGGCUUCAGGGAAUGAAGGAUGCACAGCUAAGUGCCAAGAUGUUCUCUUAGAGGAGAGCUUUGUAUAGCCUAACAAAGUGACCCAGAAGUUUCUGUCCCGGAUGCCCAGAGCUCAAGGCCUAGUGAGAGGAGUGACUCAGUACUUGAAUCUGCUGUGUGGUGCCUGUUCUUAGUGUUGCAAUCUCUUAUCUAAAAGCAACUCAACUAUUAGAAAAUUCAUGGGAAGUUUUAGAUUUUUUUCCCUUUUGGACAGCAGUGUGAAGGUUAUUAAAACAUUUCAGCAGAGCACAUAGCAUUGGAUUGAAAAGGAUCACUCAUACUCUUCUUCCCUACUCUCCCCCCUCCAACACGUAUAUCUUCUCUAACUGAAGAAUAGUAGAACUCACUGUUUUUCUUUUUCUUUUUUAUUUCUUCUACAAAAUACAAUGUUAUCAAACAGGAUCUGGGGGCAAUAUACUCGGUUCAUAUACAAUUAUAGAUCACUGUUUAACAAAUAUAAAAUAAAACCGAAAUUAACAAACCACAGGUAUGUGGAUGUGUGAAAGGUAGCAAAUUAUAGUGACUAUUAUGUCUAUGUUAUAAAUCAGUGGUGGCCAAACUUGACCCUCCAGCUGUUUUGGGACCACAACUCCCAUCAUCCCUAGCUAACAGGACCAGUGGUCAGGGAUGAUGGGAAUUGUAGUCCCAAAACAGCUGGAGGGCCAAGUUUGGCCAUCACUGUUAUAAAUGCUUGUCAUUGCUAUUUCUACACAUUCGCAUACAUGUGGCUGCACUGUUCUGACAUUUUUAGUUUUAUAUUCCUGUUCCUCAGUACAUGGCCCUUGCACACAUUAGGCCUUCUGAGCCUUUUAUUCCUUUUCAUUUUCUGUGUUCCAUAUAUUUUGCUGCUUGAGGUAGUAGUAAAACCCUGUCUUCUUCACAUUUUCUUUUUCUAAUGACGUUAUGUGUGAGCAUGUUGGGGAACACAAAACCACUAUGAGUUGGAGUUGACACAGGGGAGGUGGUAGCCCUGAAGUGUUAGGUCAGGAGGAGGACUGAGCUGCCCCACAGGUGAAAUAGUGUUGUGUUGUAAGUUUGCUGGCUGAGGCAGAUAGCUCUAGGUUUGCUUUUUGUGUGAGAGGAAUUCUAGAAACCGCUGGAUGCAAAAGUGGCUUAUUUCUUGCCAGAGGGUUUAGACUUUUUUGUCCACUUGUCCAUCUGGUAACUCCUACUAGACCUCCCCCAAGGGCAUCUAGGGCAGAAAUAACCACACUGAAGGCCCUCCCACAUACCUCUGUGAGUUCUGUGUAUUUAUUUUGAGUAGCCAAGAAGGCGUAGCUAGUUCCGAUAGCUUGCCAGAAGCACACAAUUACUUUCUGUGUGAGUAAACAAGUCCACCAGUUGGACUAAUUUUAACGCCUUCAGCCCACAUAUGACCAUGAAAUAAGAGGGCUUAUUUCCUGUGGCUUGGCUUUCUUAUGUGUUGAAAAUAGUACCUUGCGGGGAGUGGGGAAUACUUUGAGGCAAGAUAGCGCCUGGGACUUAAGAGUCCUUUCUGCUCAAAUGUUGGAUGGCUUAUUUUAAUCAUGCAUGAAAGAUGGUUGUCCAAACUUUCCCAUGGCAGGUGUGAGGCAGCUUCUUAUUGUACCUGACCAACUUUCUUCAUGCAGUAAAUUUGCACAGGUUUGUUACUAGCAUGUUUCCUUCAGUGUCACCAAAAGUGAGGUCUUAACCAUGAACUUUUGGUACUUGUGAAAUGAGCAUAAGGUCCACUCCUUCAUAUGGUACCCAUCUCCACCAUAGAGAGUGCCAGUUCCUUCCUGGAAGAUGAGAACUUUGGGAUAGAAUUGCUUAAUGGAGUACAAUCCUUCUUGAGGGGUAAAUGUUUCUGUAAAAAUGAGAGCAUGUGAAGUAGGGGAUAUUCUCUGUAAGAGAAUUAAGGCAGUUUGCCUUUGUUCAGGUGAAGGCAGCCAUUAAUAUAUUUUGACUUUUCUAGUCUUUAGUACAGACUUUGGGUUUUUUAUGAAAAGAUAAACCUGUAUUGUGUUAUUUAGAGCAGAAUGGCUUACUGCUUGUUAAACUCUUUUUUUCUUUUUGCAUAUUGUCAGUGUAGUAUCGGAACAGCCCUGUCAGUAUACUCUGCGCGACUAAAAAACACACAAAAAUCUGUACCAGGGAAAGCUGGAGGCUACAACCAGUGAUAGAAACUCAGCUACACAAUUUAAGUGCCAAAUGGCUCUUUAAACCAUGGUUAUAGUCACCAAAACGGAAUGCCUAGUUGUCAUUUUUGGGUCAAACAGCUGGAAGGUCCUAUUUUUCAAUACAGUGGUACCUCAGGUUAAGAACUUAAUUCAUUCUGGAGGUCCGUUCUUAACCUGAAACUGUUCUUAACCUGAGGUACCACUUUAGCUAAUGGGGCCUCCCGCUGCUGCCGUGUGAUUUCUGUUCUCAUCCUGAAGCAAAGUUCUUAACCCAAGGUACUAUUUCUGGGUUAGCGGAUUCUGUAACCUGAAGCGUCUGUAACCCAAGGUACCACUGCACAACUUUUUGGUUCCUGAAAUUCAGUGUGAUUGUGCAGAUAAAAUAUAACGGAUAGAAUUCUACAGGGUGUGUAACUACUGUGUGAAAACAGUCAAGGUCCACGGAUCCCCAGGCAUGCACUUCCAGAUAGUGGAGACAUCAGGUGCCAUCCUGGCGCCCAGGCAUCUUCACAUGGUUGCAAGUGGCCAGGUGCAAAAUGUGCCUGGCACCUGGUGAAUUUCAAAUGCUGGCUACAAUCUUUGUGAACCUUGGAAACUUACAUGUGUGUUCAUUUUGCAGGGUUCAUUCUGCUUGUUCUAGGGAAAUCUUCAGACCACCCAACUUAGUUUCUGAUACUUCCCAAAUUUUCAAGCAUGUUAUUUAAUUAAGAGCUAGAAGCUUGAUUUUCAUCUUUUUUUAAAAUGAAGGUUGAGAUUGUCAAGAUGGUGAUUUGUGUCCAGUACCCAGUUCUGAACUAGUGGAGACAAUUGAAGAUGGCCACUUAUUCUGGAGCUGACUGGGGUUAAUUUUAGAACUGUUCUGGGGCAAGGGAACUGUAGGCAUGGCUUGCUUAAACUUCCAUAGCUCUUUAGCUGGUGUGACUAACUGGGCGGAAAAUGCAUACUUUUUGAUCUGGUGAAUAGAAUCGCUUCUUUACUGAGACUGGUUGAUGACUUCUAGACUUCUUCUUCUGGCUGCCCCAUUGUGUUCCCGCUUUCUUGUUGUCUUCCACCCUCACAGUCCUUUUUAGCAACUCAUAAUAGCCCAGCAUUGAGCAGGACAUGGGAAAAAGCUAACAAGUUUGCCUGACUCACUCAUGUCUGGCCUUCCGUAAGCAUCAGAACUGAGUUGAUUCCAGCUGAGUGCCCAUAAAAGGACAGAAAAAACUGAAAGCCUGCCUUGUCUGAGCACUUCCUCUGCAUGUAGCACUCUGUUGCUUCACUCUCUGGUGUGCAAAAGAAAUGUCUCCCUUUGCGCACAGUCUGCAAAACUUCAGCAGGGAUCACACUUCUCUGUUGAAUUCUCAGUUAUAAUUGAUACAGUAGCCCUUUUACAAGGUACAUUUUAAUCCUUUCUCUAAUUCUCACAACUCUGGGAGAUUUGAUUUCUGAUUUUACAGAUAGAGUCAGGAACUCAUUGUAUUAUUUGCCUUAUGUCAGUGAGUUUGUGCCUGAGCUUUAAUUUGAUGACGGAGGUGCAAGGUCAAGAUAAGGGGAAAUUCUUUGCUUCCAUCCCCGGCCCUUCACGGUGAAAAUAGACGUUAAUGGAAUAAAAUAGUGGGAUGGAAUUCUUAAGCAAUACCUACCAAUACAUUCGGGGGACGCGGGUGGCGCUGUGGGUAAAACCUCAGUGGCUAGGACUUGCCGAUCGUAUGGUCGGCGGUUCGAAUCCCCGCGGCGGGGUGAGCUCCCGUCUUUCGGUCCCAGCUCCUGCCCACCUAGCAGUUCGAAAGCACCCCUAAGUGCAAGUAGAUAAACAGGUACCGCUUUAUAGCGGGAAGGUUUCCGUGUGCUGCACUAGUGCUGGCUCGCCAGAGCAGCUUCGUCACGCUGGCCAUGUGACCCGGAAGUGUCUCCGGACAGCGCUGGCCCCCUCUUAAGUGAGAUGGGCGCACAACCCUAGAGUCGGACACGACUGGCCCGUACGGGCAGGGGUACCUUUACCUUUACCUUUUUACCAAUACAUUCACUAAGCGGCAGAAGCGGUUAGUGGGCUGGCUGGCUACCGAGCCAGUUCAAACCACUUUGCAGUCCUCCUUCCUCCUCAUUUUCAGAUAUAUCACAACAGUGUAUCACAAUGUUUCGCUGGUGAUACAUCACGAUGUUGAAAAGCAGAUAUUGCCCAGCCCUAGCAGGUGAGACUCAGGUCACCUUGCAGAAGAGAAGUUGGCAAUUGUUUUACAUCAUACUGGAAUGUUGGAUUGUUAUGCUUAGAUAACUGUCUUCUGUGUUAACCCAGGUGAGUUUGAGUCCAAGUGGCAGCUGGAAGUCUUCUGAUGUUUGGAAAUAGUUAUCUUGGUAACUUUGGACUAACAUGGGUCAGUGUAGCAGUAAGCAACCCUGUAAGGUUUUUUUUCCAAAAAGCUCGGCCGCAGGCAGAAUUCAAAGGAGCCAAAUUGCAGAAUUCUGCAGAGCAACUGGCUACUGCACCAGUACAUAACGGAUCAUGGUAACUGAUGUUCGCAUUGUGCAAAUAUACUUACUUGUAAGGCAGCAUGCUCUACAUAUAUUGGCUCUUAUGUGUAUUGUCAAAACUUUGCAUAUUGUACCAACCUAAGGCAUCAUAUUUUCAUUUUGCCUACACCACACAGCCUGCCUUUGGGACCAAUGUGGCAGCCAUCACCUACAGAAUUUUUAACACUUGGUACAAUUGCAAACAAACAAGUGGUUUUUUUAGACUUCUUGCACUGGCAAGUAGUUCUCCUGAAGCAGCUCUUACAUUGCUACUAGGCUAUGCACAACUUGGCACACCCCUGAGAAUGAUCCCUCAUGGCUUGCUAAAAUUGCAGUCAUUUAUGUCUCUGUCCCUGUUAACCCCACACUACUCUUCUGUAUUGGCAUGCUCUAUUUAUUUGAAGUUUCUCAACCAUUUGAGAUCUAGGAAGCUGCUUGCAGCUGUGGCUGUCUCUCCACAGCCUAUGAGAACAAGGCUCCCUCUCUUCUUUUCCAUUCUGGCUCCCAUUGGGACUGCCAGUGAAGCUGUUCGCAUCCACCAAGCAGAUGAUUUUAGGGUUUUUGUCCUUGCUUGGAGGACAGAGUUGAGUUAUUGGGUAAGGAAUUAUAUUGUAUCUUUAUUUUUGAGUUUCACGGGAAAUGUCAUCAGGCAGAAGCAUUCAAGAAAAUCAAACUUAGGGGAUGGACAAAAUUGAGUCCAUAAAAUUCAUUGUAAUUAUUUUGUAACUCUUGUCUGUUGUGGGGCCAACAUGGCAGCCACUGUGACACAUGCAUAUAUAACAUUCUGGCCAGGUUGAGAAAUCUUUAAGUGAAGAGAGUCUUAAAACUUCAUUAUCUUACAUAUAUGUGGAGCAGUCUGUCUGUAGGCAUUAUUCAGGCUUAUGUUAAGACAAUCAAUUAUUUGAUCAGUUAGUAAGUGGAAAUGAGGAGGAAUUUUAUUUAAAAUCUAUCACAUAGGCCAGUCAGCUGCUUUGAAACAAAAUAUUUGUUUUUGCUUGGGGUUUUUUUGUAUCCAGUUUGCCUCCACUAUGGAACUUGUUGCCACAGGGGCGGCAAUGGCCACCAGCUUGUAUGGUUUUAAAAGAAGAUGGGACCAAUUCAUUGAGGAGAGGGCUAUUAAUGGUCACUAGCCACAAUGGCUAUGCUCUGCCACCACAGUCUGAAGCUGCAAUGUUUCUGAAUACCAGUUGCUGGAAACCACAGGAGGAGAGAAUGCUCUUGUGCUCAAAUCCUUCUUGUUGGUUUCACUCAGGCAUCUGAUUGGCCACUGUGAGAGCAGGAUGCUGGUCUAGAUGAGCCAUUGGCCUGAUCCAGCAGACUCUUCUUACAUGCCUAUGGUUUUUCCAUAAAACCUGUUUCAUAUGAUCAUUUGGUUCAGAUUGAAACCUCCCAGCAAUCUUUGAUCAGCAUUUGUGAAUUGCAAACGUUUUGAGAAGUGUUCUGUGUGAGCCCAGGCUAUCAACAACUAUUAUUUCAAGCAAACCUAAAGAGGAGAAAACUUUCCAGAUGUCUCCAUACUGGAACUUGAUCUGAGCCUCUGCACUCUUGUUGGGUAGCUUGAGAUAAGAGUUCAUGAAAUGAUGUUUUUUAGGGAGAUUUAAACCACCAAGAACCUUGCUGGAUAAAAUACCCUCUGCAUUUGCCUUUGCAUGUCUAUUUUUAGAUAGCCGAAGCACAUAUUAGACAGUAUUUUGGGGCCUGAUGUCCUGAUAACUGUAAAUUUCUAUCAAUCUUGAUGGCAUUGGAAGAUGAUACAGAACACCAUUGUACCAGAUGUCUGUAUUGGAGACUCACAAGAUAGUUGAACUGUGAUGUUGACAUAUUCGAGAAGCAUAGAACAGAAUUUGUCGUGCUCAUAUUGCUAAAUCAUUUGGAGGUGGGUGGUACAGUGGUGCCCCGCAAGACGAAUGCCUCGCAAGACGGAAAACUCGCUAGACGAAAGAGUUUUCCGUUUUGGAGGUGCUUCGCAAAACGAAGCUCCUAUGGGCUUGCUUCGCAAGACGAAAAUGUCUUGCUGAGUUCCUGCGGUUUUUUUUCCCUUUCCCCCCCCCUUUUUCUAAGCCGUUAAGCCGCUUUAUCUGCUUAUCUGAUAAGCUGAUAAGCCGCUAAAAGCCGCUAAUAGCGCUAAUCCGCUAAUCCGUCAAUGGGCUUGCUUCGCAAGACGAAAAAACCGCUAGACGAAGAGACUCACAGAACGGAUUCUUUUCGUCUUGCGAGGCACCACUGUAUAUGUAUAUCCACUUAAUGACCUGAGCCUAUAGGUAUGUUUAGACAGUGGGGGGGGGGGGGCAGUAGUCUACAAAUUCCAAUGCCUUGCUGGACAACCUAUUCUUUCCUUCCUUUGUCCAUGUUGAGAGUCUCAGUUCUUUAAAGAGUGAAGAUGGGGAAUUCUUCCCACAGUUGUGUUGUGGUUCUGAGGUGCUCAGUUCACCUUGGGAGCAGUGCAGCUGUAGUGACAGUCAUCCUUCCUUCUUCACAUCCAAGCUUCCCUUCUGUUGUACUGCCUUUAGGAAGUUUUCUGAACACCUAAAAAAUGCACUUUGAGAUGGAUUAACUCCAUCCUUCCUCCUGAGGUUGGAUGACUCUAUGCUAUACUUUCAGAGACAAAACCCUGCAAGGUCUUGCAACCCUGAGUUUUGGCUGACUGUUAGGUUUUCUUGCCGUGGAGGUGUCCCACUUGCUGCCCCUGCAAGUCAGGGAUUGUAUUUUUUAAAGAAAUUGCUGAUAGUAGGAGAGUACUGUGAUACAUAUAUAUGCUUCCUCAUUCACAUACACAGGUCCGCUACAAGGAGGAGUUCGAAAAGAAUAAAGGGAAGGGCUUCAGCGUGGUGGCUGACACCCCGGAAUUGCAGCGAAUCAAGAAGACCCAGGAUCAGAUCAGUAAUGUAAGCCACCCUGCAUAUUCUACUUUCUGUCUGCAUAUUUUAUACUGUUUAGCUUUGGUUUUCCCCUUGACAAGUACUACUGCAGCACAGUUUUUGCUUUCAAAAUCCCUGCUGCAAACCUCCCAAAUUCUAUAGUUGUUUUGAAACUGGGCAGUGUUGCAGAAUUUUUCUGGCAGCCUUAGCCUUACUUGUUCUGUACAGCACAGAAAACAAUACAGCUAAAGGUAUUAUCAAAAGUUUCAAAUGCUGACUGUGAGUUUGUGUGUUACACAGAAGUGUCUUUUCUCUCUCUCUUUAUUGCAAAUAGUAUAAAACUACUUGAGCUUUAUCAUGUUGGAAUAUAAUAUAAAAACAGGAAGUAUAUACACUAUUUCAACAAUAUUUCUUAAGACCAUUCAGCAUCUUAAUUUAUAUUCUAGAAAAGCUUGGUGCUUUAGAAAAUCUAGAUUGUACCUAUUUCUCAGAACUUGAUAAAAGAAGACAACUUUAUGCAAAAAGUCUUAAUUGUUAACAACAGCAUGUGUUUUGUUUUUCCUAAGGAAAAAUAAAAUACCCAUUCUGGUGAUCGCUCACUACAUUGAAUUUUUCUUUGAAACAAAGGAAUAGGAAGUGGGUGGGUUUAAGCAGGAACUGUGGACUCAGGUUACUAAAUGUCCAAUGUUGCUGAAGAACUGGGUUACAUAACUGUUUCCUCCCACAUACAACUUAGUAAACAAUUUCACCAAGGCAUAGAAAGAAAAUAACUGGCAAGAAAUAUAAACUAAUUUUUGGAUCUUGACUACUUUCUUUUCCUGCAGGCAGAGUAGCAUUUGAACUUGUAGUAUACAAAUGAUAGGAAUCUUGGAGGCAGUCAGUUCUACCCAUGAGAAGAAAUGAAGUACUUUUUCUGAGUCAGGUACCAUUCUCUGAAUAGCCCUAAUGUCUCCCAGACCUCUUUCCCUUGCAUUUGCCUGUAAAUUAUUUACCAGCCUCCAGGGGUUUUUUGGCCAGGAGGGCUUGAAAUGUCCCCCCCCCCCUCCUGAGGGCUGAACCAACAGCAUAGCCUGGAACAUUUUUUACUGUUUGAGCUCUCACUUCUCCUCCCCUUUGCUAUGAGUGAUUUGCAAAAUGAGGAAACAGUAGCAGAACUUGACCUGCUUUUCCGAAAAACACCGUCCAUGAGACCUUGAACUAAACAUCUUGUGACUGUUCCACAACAGGAUAUAGUAAUCAACCAUAUGUAGCUGAAGAAUCAGACGACAGGGAUCCAUGAAUCCAAAUUCUCCCAUAAGCAGACUGAGUAGCUGUGGCUUAACCCUGCUGUAUUGUGUCUCUAGCCAAUGCAGGGGUGCCUUCUCGUGCUCAGGAUUGUGGGUGCCUGCCACUGCAACGCGGCCACCUGCCGGCUUUUCUCAUUGACUUUGUGGGUACCUGGCCCCCACAGUUAUAUUAUUGUGGGUGCCCAGGCACCCAUGGCUCCCUGGAGUUGGCUCCUAUGAGCCAAUGCAGGCACAUUUCUCCCUCCCACUCUGAGACUGCCUACGUAUUGUCAUCUUUGGCUGUUUUCCCUCUUGACCUCUGUUCCACCCCCAGCUGCACACAGAGGGCUCCAGCAGCCCAGGCACUGGAGGAUUUGAACCAGCUGCUAGCUUUCUUCCGUUAUGUAUUCCUUCCAUAUGUGCUGGAAGGACAUGGGCCCAGCCUUCCCAGCACCUGCUCUUCCUGGAAACUGUGAUGGAAUGGGACAGAGACAGCCUGACGCCUUGUAGAGAGCCAGUGGGAAGAGAUGACCAGUUUGAUUUCCUCUUUCAGGAAAACAGCAAAAAUAGUCUUAUCUUCUUCCAUGGAUAUUUUAUAUAGUUUUUAGUACAUGGUGUGGUCUACAACUCCUACCACACCACAGUUUUGAGGUUGGUGGGAGAUGGUAACCCUAGCUACACAGAGCUUCCAAAUGGGGUGGAAGAAAAUGUUCCAAUUUCUGAAUGCACUAAUUAACAAUGUGACCAGGCACCUGUGACUCUUUAUACAGUCAAACCUCUCUUGUCGAACCUAAUCCAUUCUGGAAGCCCGUUUGGCUUCCAAAAUGUUUGACAACCAAGGUGUGGUUUGGCUGCAGGAGCUUCCUGCACUCAAGCAGAAGCUGCACCGGAUGUUUGGCUUCUGAAAAACGCUCGAAAACUGGAGCAUUUACUUCCAGGUUUUCGGUGUUCGGGAGUUGAAACGUUCCAAAACAGAGGCGUCCAGGAUUCGAGGUUUGACUGUAGUAGUUACUUAUUAUUCUCAAAGCCCAGUAAGAGGUUUUAUUUCCAUUUUACUAAGUGGGUAAUGGUGGACAAAGCAUUCAAUUUUCUGAAGGCCACCCAGUAAUUAUUUUAAGGUUGGAGUUGAACCCAUGUUCCCCAGUACCAAGCUGUGAGCACCAUUUUUCAUACUGAUUUGGGUGGAUGAGACUGCACUAGGUGACUAAAGCCUAACCCUAACCCUAACCCUACAAGGAAUUUACAUACAGUAGGGGUGAAGAGUUCUGAAGAUCAAAAACAAGGAAGUGACAAAAGGCAUAAAGUAAGCAAGGAGAAUGUGAAAUAUCAAGACUUCCAUGGUUAAAAUUAGUGUGUGGUGAUUUCUUCUGUUUAAUCCUAGCUGCAAAAUACUUUUUUUGAGGUCUGUUGACUAAUCUGGCCUUAAUAAUUUGCUUUGGCCAUCUGGCGUGAGCUGGCGCUCUGGGGGUUAAUUCGGGGGGGGGGGGGGAGCCCUGCAGGAUGAGUUUAAUCCCACAGGAAUUCCCUUCCCAGGCCCUCUGCUCCACAGUCUCUUUUGCCAGACACACUUUGAGCUUUUAAGUACAGUAAUUGCCCUUUUCUGCUUUUUUCCUCUUUGGUUGCAGACUUAGUUCUGUCCCCUCUUGGCUGCAAACCUCCCAGGUUUGCAAUUGGAUGUCUUGGGAAAGGGCUUGUCUGAUGCUUAUAGCAAAACCCAGUUUGGCGCCCCCUCCUUAGAGAAACCCGUGGAAGCAACAAAACCACACGUGGGGCUGUCUCUGUAGAUUCCAGCUAUUUUGCAUGGUUUGCAUGAUUCUUAAGAGAGCCAGAUACCUUGGAAAGGCUUUUUCCAUCCUGUUAGGUGGGUUUUUUGUUGUUUUUUAAAGGAGACAGUGGGCCACUGCUAUAUAAAGAGAAGUUAAAGUAUGGCUGUGUAUGUUCCUAUAAUGGUAGCAAAGAUAAUCUUUAAUAAAAUGUGAGUGGUGCCUGGCUAAUACCUCUGAACCCCAAAAGGUGUGGAAAGUAUAUAUCACAUGAUGGGAUGAGGUUUUGAUCCUUAUGCUCCCUAAUCAAGCAGAGGAUGCUCACCCAAAUAAAGGCUCAGAUCUAUCCCUGCACAAAAUGUGCCCUUAUUCCACCUCCUUUACUCUUACCACUUCAGGUACCGUGUUGCUAUGGAGGAGGAUGAGGCAUAACAUGUAAUGGUGGAAGAAUACCUAGGGUUGUUAGAGUUGUGACCGCAGAUAUGUUCACAUGUAGGGAAUUUGCAGCCAGACUUUGCCCUUGCUAAACACAACUGGAGAUAGAGGACUGUUACCAAUAGCAACCUUUCUUUGGCAGUGCAGGGUUUUCCCAAACGUUUAUGAUAGCUAGCUUCCUGUGCGGCUGUGGGCGUGCCGUAGACUGUAAUGAGCAUAUCUUUAAACAUACACAGAGAACCAUACCCUCAUCAAUGAGUAUUGUGUUUUAUGCGGGGCUGCUCUGAGGUUGUGUUGGCGUUUGCUGUAGCAGGCCUUGCCAGCAGACCAAAGAUGGGGGACCUCCAGCACACAGGCCAUUUCCCUCCAGCCAUGCCCACAUGUCAAUCAGCUGACAUCACUGAGUGAUCAUGCUGGGUGCUGCUUCAGCAGCAUAUUUCCUGAAGGGAAAUAUCCUUGCCCCUCCCAUCAGCACUGACACCCACCUGUCAAAGUUUGCUUGCAGGUUGGGGGAGAGGGAGCGAUCUGGUCCACCAGACCACAAAAGUUCCCCAUGUCUGAAGUAGAGGGGUGCUAGAGGGGUGCUUUGACUUUUAAACAUCUAUUGAAAACUCUGUUAUUCAGACAGGCCUUUGAAACAUUCGUUUCUUUUUCCCAACCAGUUUUUUUUCAUGCUUUAUCAGUGUUACUGCAAUUUUAUAUGCUGUGUACCACCUUGCUGCAUUUUAUACAUAUUUAAAUAAAAACACUCACAAGGGCUUCUUCCCAGGUAGAAAACUCAAGUUCCUCACUGGUUUAGGGCCCAACUUUUCUCACUUUAGAAAUUGGGGACUGACCUUAAUUAUUGAAAAAGUUGUGAUUUUAUGUUGGACAGAGUGCCUCAGAUUUUGAGUGGGCAACAUGGGCUCUGGUGUUGCCCCUUGCUUUGUCGGUAGGCUCUGGCAGGCUUGCCUGGUGGUGGUGGUAGCCAUGCUGCAAGUUACACUAGAUGGCUGGGUUUACUGUAUUGGCUUGAAUAUAAGCUGCACCGGCAUAUAAGCUGCACCCUUAAAAUUCAAGGCUUAUUUGCAGGUGUGGCCACCAAGCCGGUGCCGAUGCUCAGCGCCCCGCUCUCCAAGCUGGUGCCAGUGCCAGGAGGCGGGCGGAGUCGAGCGCCGGCACCGGCUUGGGGAGCUGGGUGCCCACCUCCUAGCUGCUUGGCGGUGCGCAUGCUCCCUAGCUGCUUGGCCUGCACAUGCUCCCCCCCUCCGCCAAGCAGCUAAGGAACGCACACGAUCCCCAGCCGCUUUCAGCAGCAUAUGGUAAAAAGUUGCAAAUGUAAGCCACACUUUAACUUUUCAGGGUCCGAAAUUGGAAAAAAGUGUGGCUUAUAUUCAGGCCAAUACGGUACCUAUUUUAAUAUCCCACAGUGCCCUAGACUCUAGAGGUGAGGAACUUCUGACCCUUUAAGCUGUCAGACAUGGCCCACAAAGCCAUUUUUAAAAAAUGUCCAUCUGCCACCAGUUGACAUCACUCAAUCCAAAUGAUAUCAUUGGGGGGGGGCACAGGAUUUUAUUCUGAAUUCACUGUGUACACCAGUUCCCUUGCUGGGAACAGUAAUGCACAGCUAAAGCAUCAAGAUUUGACUUCAGUUUAUAAGCUGAUGAGCAGGGGUUAAAGCAGGAGUAGGCAACCUAAGGCCCGUGGGCUGGAUGCGGCCCAAUUGCCUUCUCAAUCCAGCCCGCAGACGGUCUGGGAAUCAAUGUGUUUUUACAUGAGUAGAAUGUGUGCUUUUAUUUAAAAUGCAUUUGUGGGGCAUAGAAAUUCAUUCCCCCCCCCAAAAAAUAUAGUCCGGCCCACCACAUGGUCUGAGGGACGGUGGACCGGCCCAUGGCUGAAAAAGGUUGCUGCCCCCUGGGUUAAAGCUUGCUCAGCAUUUUGGCUGUGUGCCACUAUUCCCCUGCUGGAGUUUGGUGCAGUUACCCAAAGCUCAUGACGGGGUCGCUUGAAAGCCCUUUUCAGACUGUCCUGUGUUGCUCUUUUAAACCUCUGGUUUUCAGACAUUGUAAGAGCAGUGCUGGGCUGUUUGCAAAAGACCUUUCAAACAGCCCGAUGCCGCAUUUUGAAGUCAUGACUGUCGGGGCUUCAAAGUACAGCGUUGCCUGAUGUCACUAUGACAUCAGGUGGUUGUCAGGAGGGCAGUGGGGAGAUAAAGAUCUGACCCACCAGCCAAAAAUGGGUCCCCAGGCCUGCUGUAAAGUGACACUACAUUGGGGAAAAUGUAAAUGGUGGCUAGACACUAUAGUGCUGUUUGAAGUGCUAGGCCUGUAAAAUUAAAUGGAGGGCCGGGGCAGGCGUGGGUAGCAGGCCCUGGACGUUGCCCAAGGAUGUUGACGCUGGCCCUGGCCCUGCAUCUUCAGGUAGCAGAUGUUUAAUGUCUGUACAUCAAAGCAGCUAAGAUGCAGGAGCAAGUAACCACAGUAGUGAUGCUUUGGUAUUCCUGAUUGUAGAAUUUCUGUCUUACAUCUACUGAAUAAAAAGGCAGCUGAAAUGUCUGGAGGGAGAGCCUAGCACUGAGCUUGGCGGUAUGUGCCAAGCCAUUCCUUUGCUUGUACUCUCCAGCCACAGGAGAAGGGGGAGGUAACAGUUCACAGUACGUGAAGUGCUAGUUGUCCACUGCCACCUUCUGGUUUAUAUGCAGUGCUGCAGUGACUUCUCAGAUGGGGAGGGAGGUUGAAGGGGGCGUUUCUGAAGAGAGAAUGAUAGGACUAUAUUACUGAGCCUUCCACCCUUGGGAUUAUCAGUUCAUUCACUUGCAGCUGCCAGUUUACCAUUCACAACCACUGAGUUUUAUCUGGAAUACGAGAGAGAGGGCUGAAAGCAGUGGAGACUGGGGGGGAGGGGGGGAGAAGCCUUGCAUUGUAAGAACUUUAUAGACCAGGCAGAAAGGCACCUUCUGGUUGUGUGGGGAAUAUAUUAAACAACACGAAAACUUUGUCACUAUGUGUGUUAUUGGUGCUGCUCUAAUAUUUUCUUCCCCUUCCUCUGCAGAUAAAGUACCAUGAAGAGUUUGAGAAGAGCAGGAUGGGUGCACCUGGUGGAGAGGGAGGCGAAUCGGAACGCCAGAACUCCCAGGAGGGCGCCAACUACAGGAGGCCAGUGGAGCAGCAGCCACCACCACACCAGCAACUUCAUCAUGUCCAACCAAGUACCCCUGGUAAUAAGUUGUGCUGGAGAAAAGGGGUGGGGAGAAUACCAGCAAUCAACCCUGCAUACUUGACUGGGUCUUCCUGUGGCAUUUAGCAACCCCACCACCCCAAAAAAGGGAGGGAAAUCCAACAGUUUGACUCUGUUCACUGUUUGAUGAUAAGGUAGUGCCUUUGUAAGGACCUAUUAGAAUGAUUGAAUUGCUUUUCUGAUCAGGAAAAUUCCAUGGCAGUUAAGGAGAUGGAGGGUGGGGCUUAAGCUGAAGGUAGAGUCAAAGUAGACUGAAAGGUAAGGCAGACAUUAGCGGAAAGAGAAUAUUCCAAGUCAUGUCGGGUAUUGCAGCUAUCCAUUUGCAGCUUCUUCAAAUGUACUAUGCAUCUGUGAAUUGUAGUCCUAGCCAAAUGUGGACAGCUGACAGAGUGAGGGCUGAGAGUCUGAAAUGAAGGAAACCACUUUAGACUAGGUCUGUCAGUACUGUGUGAGAGCUCUGGGUUAGGUGUAUCUGCAGAUGUGUGGGAAAGUAUUAGGAGAAACUAUUAAUUCAAGAGACUACAGAAGAAUGUGAAAGUGCUGAAAGUAACAAAUUACAAUUGUCUGGUCUCCUUUCCUUUAUUUAAUUUAUAGUUAGGCCAUUUUAUGAUUAUGCAUUUAACAGCAUGUUUUAUGAGUUGUUAGAAUUUAGUAUUUAUUAAAAUUCAUUCAAGGUUUGUUAGAGAAUAACUUGAUUGAAUUUGAUAGCAUUUUGUUCAAGGAACAGGCAGACUAAGAUAGCUACCUGAACAUUUUCUGGACCUUAGCAGCAAAAUACAGAGUUCCAUGUUCCAAAGGUAAACUAAAAAAGGAGCAACCUUGUGUGCUUUGCAAAGAUAAAACAGUGAUUUCUGCAACAAGGAGAUGCCAAACUGCAGUCAUUUCCAAACAAGGUGCAGAAAGUUCUUGAGUGAAAAGGAACCCAACUAGUUUUUUCCACCAAAGCUAGUAAAGGCCUGGGGGGCGGGCGGAGCUCUUAUGUUGUACCAGAUUUAUGUCUGGACAGUGGCUGUCAAAUAUUUCUACCUGUAACAUUUACUCAUUGCAGAUUUACUCACCUGCAAAAAUUCUGCGUUCCUGAGGCAGGUUCUGCAGUUUCAAUCUGAUCAAUAGACAAUUAACAGUAAUCUUUUUGUCCCACAGUUUACCACCACCAGCCACCAGCACAACCAGCCUCUCAGUCUUACAGCUACAAGGAACCAGCAGCACCUGUCUCAAUACAGCGUAACGCCCCAUCUGGCGGAGGGGUAAGUGUGAUCUAGGAAGAAGGAAAGUAGCCAGUCAUCAGCUGACAGUUGUGGGAGGAAGGAAGAAAUGAAACUGAAAUGUUAAUUAAACCUGGCCUUUUGCAGAAGUCUGCCUGCCUGCCUGCCUAGACAUAGACACACACACACACGCACACGCAAGGAUGCAAAAGGUUUGACUGUGUACUCUGAAAUACGUAGCCUGGCUCUUCCCUGUGAAAUGUUCCAUCUCUAAGGUUGAGUAGUGGGGAAGGCAGGAAAAAGUGUGCAGGCGUGUAUAUAGCAGAUAUAAUCUGAUUGGAAGUGAACAAAGUGCUUUACAGGUGCAUUUGUGGGAAACCAUGUAAAACAUAGGCCAAGAGAUGGCAAUAUCCUGCCCUGAGCUGCCUGUUGGCUCUAUGACUCCGUCCUUUAGAUACUGAUCUGAAGCCACCGUUACACCUCAGUUUCCAGCCUUUGAAACAUUGUUCACAUUAGUGUCUUUACAAUGAUGUGGCUCGAAAGGAUCCUAAGAUAAGUUUUAAGUCCAGCCCUGUGUGUCAAGGUAGAUCCUUUGACCAGAUCCCAUCAUACAUUGCAGAUCAUCUCACAGAACAGCAUUCCAUAAACCUAACCUGUGGAACAGAUGGUUCCCGACCUUCCUUCAGUCUUACUACGUAUUGCAUGUAAUUAGUUUUAUGUCCCGUUCUGUUAAGCCAUCCUGGAAAUGCCAGUUGACCACUGAACGGGAAGGGUAUAAAUUUUAGAAAUAAACUUGUAAAGCAGCAUGUUGGUGUUAACUCUGAUUGUGCCACAUGCCAGCAACAAACCUAAGUUUUUAUUGCCAUAUGUGUGUGUGUUUGCAUACACGCAUGCAAAAGAUCAUAAAGCAUGGCUGCUGGAGCACUCUAGGCUACUACCAGCAGCUUGGAACAGUGAUUUAAGAGAAAAAUAAGGUGGGAUGUACCUUUUUGUUGGGAUUCAGGAACCACAAGUUUUGGAGGUCCAAUGUACUUAAAACAAAGGGUGGGUGAGGAGCCCCCAAAGUCACUGAACACUAAUCUAUCCCUCUUUUCUUCCCCGCCCCAGAAGCGGUUCCGUGCAGUCUACGAUUACAACGCAGCCGAUGAGGACGAGGUCUCCUUCCAGGACGGUGACACCAUAAUCAAUGUGCAGCAGAUUGAUGACGGCUGGAUGUAUGGCACCGUUGAGCGGACCGGUGACACAGGCAUGCUUCCAGCCAACUAUGUGGAGGCUAUAUGAGCUCCACUCGGGUGCCACCCUGAAAAGAAGCAGGGGGAGGGCUCUUGUGUGCUUCUUGUUCCAUUAUCCCUUCUCUGCUGUCUUGUCACACAUCAGUUAUUUUGUUCCGAACCUCUGACAUGGCCAUUUUAAAAAAAUCUUCUGCCAACAUAGCCUUGUUUUGGAGGCAUUUGAACUUGGGGUGGGUGUCUUUUUUACUAUCAAAGAUCAAUUGUCUUUCCAUCCUCUCCCGCAGCUUUCAUGAAGCAUGGCACUGUGCCCUCCUCCUUCCCUAGGGACCUGCCCUUUGGGGAAUUGAUUUUGAUGCCGAUUGAAAUGUGCACAACUUAACCAAACUGCUAUGUGGAACCAGAAUUGGUGUAGGGAGGCCCAGGGACAGGAACCACUGCCAUGCUUCCUUUUGGGAGAGUGGAGCUUUGAGUAACUUGCGCAAGUCUCUGAUCAUUCCCAUUGAAAAAAAUUGUCCAAGGCCUCUGUUUGCAUGUCGACUCUUGCUCAUUAAUUUUCCUUUCUAUAAAUCUUUAUCAGCUGGAAAUAAGUCAAACCAUUUGUUAAAAGCAGGAGAGCUUUUGGAGUCAAAAGGAACCAGCGCAUCUGUCAUAACUAGAAGGGAGAUGAAAGCGAAAGCAGUAGCUGGUGCAGAGGUACAGAAGGGAAGGUUUAGGAGAAAAAUAAUAAUUCUAUCCAGGACUCUUGGAUGCCAUGUCUUAAUAAGAGUGUACAUUUACUUUAGGCUUAAUAUUAUAGGGCAUGAGGAAAACAUGCACCCUGCAUUCCUGGGGGAAAUUAGUUUGGAGUAGAAUGUGCACAGGACCUAAACUGUUGCCCAAGUUUCUGCAGCUAAGGGAUACUACUCUGCACAGCUUAAUUUGGUGCUACCCCCUUGAGUUGAGAGUGUUUGAGGAGGAAGAGAAGCAUAUUGCAGAUGCUUCUGACCAUUCCUGCUGCCCUCCUCACCACCCCAAAAGUAGCUUCAAGUAAACUUUUGAACUGGCCUAUGCAAGACUCCCCUAGCUUAAUGCCUGCAAAUAGUCAUUUCUCGCAGAUUCCUGGUGUUUAUCAAUGCCCUUCCCGCUCUGUUUUUGUAGAAUUCCAAAUUCUGUUGACACCUAACCUGUAGAGAGGCAGGUGGGCACUCCUCUGAAUAACCUUGACUACAGCAGCCUUGGGCAAGAAGAAUCCCAGUUACUGUGGAGAUGUAAGCAUAGGGACCAAUUGCUCCUUGCUUUAGGGCUCUUACUGAAGGCAGAUCCGUAUGUGGAGCUUUUCUCCUGAACCCACAUUCCUGUCAGCCCAAAGGCAGACUUGCAGAAAGCAUCAUCUCCCUUUCUUGUACUUUUUGAGCCAAGCAAUGUUUACAAUCCUUCCUCCUCUUUCUACUGCCCCCCAAGCCAGCCUGGCAAUUGGAUGAAGGGAUCAGGGGAACUACUGCCUUGCACUAGAAACAUACCUCUUCCUCCCCCUCAAGAUGCUGUUGCUGGCUUGGGAUAGUCUCAUGGACCAAAAGCAAAUUCUUUGGAGUGUUGCUGUCAGUAUAGCAGGGAACUACGAUAUAACUGGAAAUUUAUAGGGCUGUGCUGCUGUGAUGGAAGAGCAAAGGCUGAGCUCCUCUAAGCAGGAGAAAGAUUCUUGAAAGUCAUCCUUCUCUGCAUAUUGAUUGCUGCUUCUCCUGUUACUUUUAAAGAAGCUCAGUGACUCCCCGAGGUCACUUCUGUGUUGGGACAGAAGGCAAAUCCAGUUAAACAGCCGGCAACAAACCCUUAAAAGUAGGUCUUAGAGCCUGUGUCUAAUAACUCAUUUAGCUGUGAUGUGAUUGCAAAGCUCUACCUAUGGAAGAGGCCCCUGGAAAACAUCUAGUGUCUUUAAAUCUAACAUGAGAAGUGGCUCUAAACCACUUUAUUUGGUAGUUGUCUCUUACUGGGAUAACUGAAAUGUUUGGCAAGUGGACCUCUGGAGGCACACUUCUUACCUUUUCGUUUUUAAGAACGUCCAUCAGAGGCACAUACAGAGAGAGAGGUGCUCAGUCCACUGAAUCCUCUGGUGGUUUUUAGUCGUCGCCUCUCAAGCACCUGGAAAGUACAAGGACCAAGUUAAAAGACGCGUGCCGCCCUCACACAUUCUCCCAUUCCAGUGCUGUUUGCAUGUAUGUGCUCUUCCUUUUCCCCUUUCCUCCCCUUCUGUGCAUAGUGGCAUAUCAGGACCUUGCCUUUCCCUCACAUUGCAUCCCCUCUUGCCUGUGGACUUUGUGGUACAGAGAGAACAUACAUAUGCAAUGUUAAAAGCACGAGCUUAGUCUCUUUACAAGAGGUGUGAAAUAGGCUUACGUUAAGCAAGAGUUAAGGAGAACUUGCCUGCUCAAUGUUUAGGCCCCUGAAGUUUGAAAGCAAAGGGAUGCUACAUUUCGUCAUUCCCAAAGUACUCUUGCAUAUCUUCGUGACUGGUGGAGUACCGCACACUAGUGAUUUGUAGCUAAAUCUCUCAGGAGGGUUUUAAAUCCCUUUGGGGCUCCCUAUCCAAGUUUAAAAUGAUGAAGUUCCUGCACACCCCUCAGAUCAGUGGCAGAAAUAAUGACCAAAUCAUUCUUUUCAUAAAGUCAUAGAAGCACAAACAUUUUAGCAUACUUUCUCAAAAAUAAAAAGCCCUGGUCCCUACUUUUCCUUUGCACUAGUGAUUAAAGGGAGGAGGGUUUUGGUCUCCUCUUCACCAUAUCCAUGUCCCAGAGAGAUCCAUUUGUAGAAAUGAAAAGGUCAACAAGAAUGGUGACAAGUUUUUCUAUAACGCAACCAUUUUUAGAGGGAUACAGGUGUCUAGGGACCACCUAAUCUUAGGGUGAACUUUCUAAAGGUGCCAACGAGAAUGACUGAUGGGUGAAGAGAAAUCACAUUCUUCUUGGUGCUAAGACAGAAGCACAACCUUAGUACUGGCUGAUUUCCUAACUGAAAAAGACAAAAUCAUGUAUAGACAAUCCUUAAGAGGACAGCUUUUUGUGAGGAAGAUACAAAAAUAACGUAAUGUGAAUAAAUAUUUUUAGAGGACCAAAUAAAGUUACAAUAAAAUACUCUCUCAUUAUUUUAUAAAUCUCCUAGUCUUUUCAACCCUGCCCUGGGAGAAAUGGUUUCUCACUGCUUGAUUUUUUUUUUCCUGCCUUCUUUAUGCACUUUUGCCUUUUUCCCCAAUAGCACCUAAACCUGUAUUUAAAUAAAAUGUUAAAAAAAAGAAAAACAGCUAACUUGCAUCUGUGUAGCCAUUUUUAUUCAUGUCAAGUCUCUUGUACAUUGUAGCUUUUCAAAUAAGAUUUCAGUGUCUGAACUUAGAAUGAUUUUUUUUCUUUGGAGUAUAUUUUGGGGUUUUCAUCUGUUCUUUGUGUAUUUCUUCUUUGUGGGCUUGCACGCCCUCUCCAAAAGUCAUUUGGCCUUUUUCAAUGGCACCAUAGAAUCAAAUGUAGUACCAGUUCUCUUCUGGUUGACGCCAAUUUGAAAAUAAAAGUAUAAUUUUUACUGCUGACUGAUUUUUGGUGGUCUUUGAUAGUUUUCUCUUUCC